AUGGCGUCGAUUUCCACAGAAUAUCAAGAAAAUGGAGGGUCUCCCUCACCUUGCGGUAAGUUGAGGGUUCUUUUUCUGGCAUCUGAGUGGGGGUCCAGUAAAGGAGGGUUGUCAACCAUAAACAGAGAAUUAGCUAUAAAUAUAGCUCAACACUCCGGCGUGGAUGUCUCCUUCUUUGUUCCACGAUGCAAUGACGAGGACAGGAAAGCAGCUCUUGGUCACAAAAUUGAACUUGUUGAGGCAACAAGGCAUCCAGGUAUGGAGGAACUUCAGUGGCUUUCUUUUUUACCUGAUGAUUUGCAUGUUGACGUUGUUGUUGGUCAUGGAAUCAAGCUUGGUCCUCAAGCAAGCGCUAUAAAGAAGGCACAGAAAUGUAAAUGGAUUCAAGUUGUUCAUACUGUACCAGAAGAACUCGGGAUGUAUAAAACAUACACUAAUCCAUUAGCCGGUGCUGAAAAGAAACAUAAAAUAGAGGUUGAACUUUGUCAAUUGGCUGAUUUCGUUGUUUCUAUUGGUCCAAAGUUAGAGGAAACUUUUCGUUGUUAUCUUUCUUCUUGUAAGACAGCCGAAAUGUUCUUCAACUUCACUCCUGGUAUCUUCAGUGAGUUUAGUGAAGUUAAACAGGUUUCUGAAAGGGAAGGAAAAUUCCGAGUUCUUCUUUUUGGCCGUGGAGACGAAGAAGACUUCUCAGUUAAAGGGUUUGACGUCGCAGCCAAAGCAGUUGCCUCAUUAGAAAACAUUAAACUUGUUUUUGUUGGUGCAUCGGAGGGGGCGUUAGAGGACGUUAAAAACCGUUUCCUUAAAUGUGGCAUUCACGCAAGCAAUUUAACUGUAAGGAGCUUUUCACCAGACCGAAAACAUUUAGAAAGAUUAUUUUGUGAAGUGGAUCUAGCUGUAAUGCCUUCAAGAGCAGAAGGGUUUGGUCUUACAGCACUCGAGGCCCUAUCUGCUGGCUUACCCAUCCUUGUAAGUGAAAACUCAGGCUUUGGAGAAGCUCUAAGUAAAGUCCAAUUUGGAUCGUAUUUUGUCGUUGAUUCAGAUGAUGCUCAAGUCUGGGCAAAUGCUAUUAAGCGCCUUCAGGUCAAAGAAAGGAGUGAUAGGCUUGAAGAAUCUGAAAUACUGCGUUCUUUGUAUGCAAAGAGGUAUGACUGGAAGAAACAGUGUGGAGAACUUAUUUCAAAGAUGACAGCUUUGGUUGAAGGUAAUAUUUUUUAUGAGAUAGAUAAAAACUUAAAUCCAACUUAUCCCAGGAGCCGAAUUAGUGGACCUUCAAAUAGUCCGCGUAUCAGGCGCAUAAUUAGCCUGCGUGCAGACGAUAACUAAACUCUGAUUAGUACCGUCUGCGAAGCAGCGCAGAGAUCCUUGUUCUGGAUCCCCAACGGACUCAACGAAUUACCGGAAGUGCGUUUCGAAUUCCCCUUCAACCUGAUUGGCGAUCACGACAAACAAAACAAAGGCCUUUUUUAACUGGCCAAUCGUGGCGCGUACUCAAAUCUGGGUACACAGCUGGAAGUCCAGAACAAGGAUUUCGGCGCUGUUUCGCAGACGGAGUUAACCAGAGUUUAAUUUCGUCUGCGCGCAGGUUAGCGCAUGAUGAGUAUGGGGUGCAAAAGAGAGAGGUGCCCACUUUGGAGAAAGAUGUGAUGAGCUUCUCUUCUGCCCCUUAUGCAUCCGCUGCGCAGUAUACUAUUUAGACUACCCUGGCGCCUUGUUCCUAUUUGUAAGGCUUAUCAUCCCUCUCAAACUGUGGUAUAAAUAUUGGCUCUUCAACAUUCUUCCAGUAGCGUACGGGGCCUUUGUACCAUAUGAACACAGGCUAUGUCUUUGCGCAUGCUGUACCGAAUAGUUUUUCAUGUCGACAUGAACAGUUAUCAGGUAUAGUAUGAAUACCUUUUCACACUGCGCCAAAGACACUGAACAAUACCCACGCCACAUUACAUUGUUAAACAAAAGUGAACCAAAAAUGGUUUCCCAACAAGUAGUAUAUACAGAGUCAAAAUUGGGACACCCUAACUCGCUUUGCUCGUUCGAGAGGGCAGAAAAGAGUGUUCGAAUUGUUUGAACUGCAUACACUCUUGAGAGGAGGCCCGAACCCAGUCUGCCGCCGAACUCUCCUUUUUUAUAGAGAGACGGUAGGCCGGGACCGGGUCGUUUUUUUCACAAAACACUAGUAUAGAAGAUACGAGCCCUAUUACACUUUAAUAACAUUGAACCAGGGCGCCCGUGUGCCACCGAAUCGAACCUGGUUGCGGCGGAUCGAAGCCUGUUUUAAAAAGGUUUUCGUCGAUGUUUAUGAAGAGGCUUUCGAAGAGCGAUCUGAAGAUUUUUAUCGAUUUUUACAAGGACAGUGCUAAAGAUUUUUAUAAAAAGGUUUUUCGUGGUGGUUUGCAAAUAGGUACACGUCAGGGGGGCUGUUCGAAAAGGCUUACGAAAAGGUUUUCGAAGAGGGUCAUGAAGGUGCUUUUAUCGGUGUUUUUGAAGAGGUUUCCAAAGAGCGUUACAAAAAGCUUUUCAAAGAUUUCUCCAAAGCUACUUACAUCUUUUUGAUGCGAGUUCGCUGUGGAAUGUAAUUUAUUGUUUGUCUAUUGAAGGGAACAAAAAUAGGAUUACAUUAUGCGCGUUUGAUAUUGCAUUAGCCAGUUGCCGAGUAUGACGCGUGGGACACAAUUCUGAUGUGACCUACGUCUUAGGGUGCGCUUUUUGGGAAAAUCCAAAAACGAAUUUGUGAUCUCAAAUCACAAAUCAUAUGGAUUCUUCUCUACCAAAAUAACGGAAGAUUCGAAAAAGGAUCAUUUACCAUGACAAACGCAUGUCCUUGUGCUCCUCGUGAUGAGAAAAAAAGAAAAAAAGAAACAAACAAACUGAUCCUCGCGGCGAAGACAAGAAGCAACAGAAACUACGUAUAUGAAUAUACGAAAUAUAUAUUUCGGUUUGAAACGCAAACGUUUCUCAACAGAUUACACCUUAGGAUAGCAAAAUUAUAACCGAUAAUUUAAAUUAAGUAAAUGUAAUGUCUCCUUACUCGGCGUAAGCAGACAUUACAUACGUACAAAAAACAUGACAAGUAAGGUUUAAAAACAGUCUACGAAUGUAAAUAGAUGACAAACAUGGAAUGAUAUCUAACUUAUGGCUCAAAGGUUAGGCGCCACCAACAUAGGUUCAGUUAGAAUGUCAUCUGUUGUGUACCAUUUUUGUUCGGAAAACCGCUUGUCAAAAAUACUUUUUUCAAAUCCUUUCCCCAAAAACGCUCUGAUUGUGAAUCUCAAAAAUGGGGAUUUGGAUUUGACCCGAAAAUUCCACCCAGAGAGUGGAUUUUAUGGAUUCAAAAAAUUUUAAAUGGUAUGAGGCCUACGUGUGCAGCAAGUUAAGACCACCGAAACGUUGAUGCAGAGCUUUUUUAUGCUUGCCAGCAAGGCGAUCGGCCGGUAUGGUUGUCAAAGUGGAUGACGUGGAAGCGUUGCAAAAGGACCUGCAAGAAGAUUUCGUAAUUAACUCGACAGUGUCAAUUGUGGCUGGAAAUAUGACACUGCGCUGCGGCCGUCUGCUUGCGGUUGCCAGCGCCGCUCUGAUUACAGCAGAACACAUUGAAUUUGAAAAAGAACCUGAAAAGGAACCUGCCAAAAACCUGACAAAUAACCUGUUUAAGACCCUGUUGAAGACAUGAAUAAGAACCUUGCAACAACUUAUCCAAGAACUUUUAUUUAAUAUAUAAGCAUGGACGCAAACAACACCACUGAAGAAAAGAUCGCCCCUGUAGUCAGCCUGCUGUCACGAAUGAAGUGAAAGAAACAAAGCCACCAAAAAAUCCUGGUCGCGUUGCUGCUGGAAAAAAAUUAGCAUUACGAAACCGCCUCGCACGUGAGUGAAAAAAGAACCAAAAAACGCCCGCAUCCCCUGCAGAGCAAAAAGAACCCUCCACCACAGAGAGCGACAGCGGCAAAUUCAAUGUCUAUUUGAUUCUUGGUAAAGGAGUGAGAAUCGGCGCGUUUUUCAGAUUUGAAAACCAGUACUCUUCGUAAGGCUGCAACCGUGGGAAGUCCAACUUCUCGGCGGUGUCGAACCACUCGUACGGAAGCCACGAUUUUGCAAGCUCGGCGCCGUACGUCUGCACCCAUUUGGCAUAACUGGUGCUUGGCCCGAGAUAGUUCGUGAUGUGAAGAAACUUUCUGUUGACAUAAACAUCAUUAGCUUGGUGGCCACUUUCAUAUUGUCGGCCUGCGCGAUUUUUGUCACUAAAUGUUUUUUUUAUCAAUUUCAGGUCGUAACGCCUCGAGUUAAGGUGGCUCGAUACAGUUUUUCAGGGCCAAUACCUCCCAAGUUUGAGCAUAAAUUACGUCGCCAUAAACAAAGUUUUGGAAAAAUUGCCACCACAGUUGUAUUAGAUAAAGAUGAAAAUUUGUUAUGAUCAGGGUUGCAACGGCAUUGGAGUUGUCAUAGCAACGAAAAGACGGAGCAGCAGCAGUGUAUCUCGGCACUGAGAACUGUUCUUCCAAAAUUAUUCACCGGAGCUUUUUCCUCCAAUAGCCGCCUCGAUGUUUGUGAAGUUUAAGCGAAAUCUGUAAGAGCGUUAUCGAGAUAUUUUGGGAUCAAGAUUUUGUGGUUAGAAAUACUGUAAAAAAUGGACAAUCUUGAUGUUCGGCUGUUAUCUGUAGAAAAUGAAGCGCUUUUGACGUGCAAUUUCACCUGAUAGUAGUUUCAAUCUUUUUGAAAACGUGUGUGAAGGAUCAUGGAGAUAGCUCCAGCCGAUUGCUAGAAAGAAGGGUUUUAUUAGUAUGUAUCGAAGCGCUCUUGUUAGCGGUUUUGUAAACAUUUUGGUCUUCUUUAAAAAAUUAGCGAAUAAUUUUUAAACCGCUCGAUAGAUUUUUUUUAAAAUUUAAGAUUCUUGAGAUUAACCUUUCUUUUAUAUGACCUUUUAGUUUCAAGAUUAUUGAUACAUUGUAAGGCAGUAAAAUAAGGGCUACAACUCGUUACUUUUUAUCGGAAGUUUCGUUAUUACAAGUGAAAGCCUCUCAUUAUUCAAGGCAUUGUCUCCAAGUUUCAUUUUCACGUGAACAACAGUAACUAACAAUGCAUUUGACAUAUGCAAAAAUGCUAGCUAUUGUUAUGCGCGAAAAUAUGAAACUUGCAGACAAUACCCUGAAUAAUGAGAGGCUCACAUUUGUAAACACAAAAUUUCUGCCAAAAUAUUAGCGAAUUGUAGCCCUUAUUUUACUGCCUUACAAUAUAUCAAUAAUCUUGAAACUAAAGGGUCAUAUAAAAGGAAGGUUAAUUCCAAGAAUCUUAUUUUUUUAAAAAAAUCUAUAGAGUGGUUUAAAAAUUAUUCGCUAAUUUGUUAAAGUAGACCAAAAUGUUCAAAAACCGCUAACAAAAGCGCCUCGAUACAUACUAAUCAAACUUGGGAGGUAUUGGCCUUGAAAAACUGUAUCGAGCCACCUUAAACCCCAAAACCGGGAAACACCACUGCUUGAUCAGUUUUUGUUGCUGCCCCGACAGGAAUUCAAAAUCUUUCAGACUGCGAUCUGUCAUUUUUUUACGGUUCGCUGCGGCCCGCCUUUCUAACGCCUCCCAAACUCCGCACUGGAUCACUUCUUCGGGGUUUUCACUACUAGUGUGCUCUGGCUCUCUAUCAAAAGUGCCCGCUAGCGACACCGACACUGGCACGUGCUUGCUUUCAAACAGCAGAUCUUUUGUCGCCUAUCUUCCCUUUGAGGUGUCCAGCACGGCCUCUAAAUCGAACACUAUUGCAUGCGGGUACGUUUUAGUUCUCUUUGUCGGGACAUCUUACAGGCAAAUGCCCGGGGAUUUCGUGUUCUAUAGCACUCGACCAAUUCAAAACCAACCGCGAGAAUCGCUUUCGUUCUCCUCAAAGUGCGCUCGUACACCAUCUCCCUUGUGAGCCACCUUUUCGUUUUUCCUACUUUUUCGGAUAUUGCUUUCUCUUGUCUUUAAUAACAAUAUUAUUAAUAAUGAUAAUAAUAAUAAUAAUAAUAUUAGUAGGUUUUUAUGGCGCAUUAAAAGAAUUCUCAAUGCGCUUACAAUAGUAAAUUAAGUCUAAAUGAAACUAUAUAUAGUAAUUAUUCCUAAAAACAAAAAUUUUGAAACGUUGAUCAAAAAUAGAAACAGAUUCAGGUAGAAUUAGGUAGACUGUUCCAUAUUAUCGGGGCAUUAUAUGAAAUGAGCGGUGUCCAUAAGCCACGUUAUUAACAGAAGGAACUUGUAAAAGCAAUCUAUUAGAUGAGCGGAGUAUUAAAACAAGCCGGCUGGUAUUUGAGAAGGAGUGAAGUCAAAUAGGAAGGAACUAAAUCGUUUUAAACUUUAAAUGUUUAAAGCAACAUUUUAAAAUCGAUGCGUGCCCCAAUAGGAAGCCAGUUCAAGUCUUUCAUGAUGGUCAGAUCUUAUCCCUGACACCAAGCGUGCGGCACAGUUCUGAACACGUUGCAGCUUGUCUAUUUCUCGCUUGGGUAAGCCAAAGUAUAAACUGUUACAAUAAUCUAAGCGCGACGUAACAAAAGCAUUGACCAUCAUCUUAAGGUGAUCCUUGCUCAGAUACUUCCUCAAUAUGCCAAUGAAUCGAAUCGCUAGCAUAGCCUUUUUGCAUGUUUCAUGUCUACUUCUGAGUUCGCGACAGACUCGCAAGGACUGUUCUCGCCGGACUUUGCCUUUUCAGGGCUCUCGGAAGUGGUAACGGCAGUUUUGGGGCUCGAUAUGCCAUGGAAACUCUCCGAUCCAUCACAACUUCCUAACGUCAGUUAGGGUUCGUUUCUUUCUUGAACGAUUUCUUGAAUAAACCGAGAAAAAACGGCGAAGAGGGGAUAGUUUACCACUUGCUGUGUUUUGUACUUAAAUGCGUGUCUGCCAUUUUCCUUGCAGGUCAGCAGGGAGCUUGGCGACGAUAGGUCUCACCGAGAUAGGCAGGUUCAUCGAGAAUUUGUAGACCCUUUAUUCUUCCAUCAUUUUGGCGCAUUGUAAUUCUAGGAGCAAAUCCCCAAACUCUUGAAGCUGUUUUUUGUUUUGCAUUCCUAUCUUGGGGAACGAGUUUUUUUUCUGGAGAUGAACGUGGGUGACCACAGAGUUUGAGCCAAAGGUCUCUCCUAAUUUGCAUUUCCUUCAACCCUUUCCAGGGUUGUCAAUAUAUGCAUUGCGGAGCCUUUGCACAAGUCGUUUUGAUUCGUUAGUGGUGUACUCGACAAUCAAGGAAAGCUGUUCACUAGGGCUUAACUUAGCCUCCCACGCGGGCGUUUUUAGGGGAGCUCGUAUUUGUGGUUAGGGACGGAAUACGAGCUCCCCUAAAAACGCCUGCGUGGGAGGCUAGGCUUAACUUCACGCCCGCAAUCAUAAUCUCGAACGACCCUCUCCAUGUGAGGUAAUUCUCUGGGGGGUCGUAACAUUAUAUUUUUCCAUUUUGUUUGAAUAAGCUCUCUACGGUCUAUAAAUUUAAUGUAGGUGCCGAUGGUCGUUUGAACUGGAGCGUAAUUUGUAGUAUUUUGUGGACUUUGUCUUUCUACUUAUAUUUAUUUCACAUUUCCCUUCUGUAAAAAUAGUUCUCUGUUUUAAUGUAGGGUAAAAUUUAGUAACCGAUAAUUUAGAUAGAUUGUAAUGACUUGUAACUGUUUGUGUGUAAGGAAUAAUAAUACAAAAAGAAAACAAAGAGGACAAAUCAUCACUAGCGUAAGGGUUUAACCUAGGCCUCGAAAAAUCCAUCGCGCCGGAGAUAAUGGGAAAAAUUAGGGGAACUGAAAAAAUGCACAAACUCAGAUACAUUUUCGCGGUUCAACUUCGAAACACUGAAACCGACGAAGAUAGCCUAUUACCAGUCCUUGCUUUGACAAACUGUCUGAUACCGAAGAAAGGGUGGCGCGUGCAAAAGAAGAGCGUCUUGACUCAGAAAAUAUCGAAUCCCCAUACACCAAAUAUGCGUUUGAGGGGUACCUAAUGGUCGAAGUCAAGUGGAUUGAAGACCCACAACAGCCGUUGCAAGUGGGGGCAGGGUUGUUGCCUGAUUGGCUGAGGCACAAAAAGGGGACGUUCGCCCUGGACAAUUAUGAUGACCAACUUUGUAUUUUCAGGUGCAUCGCUGUCCAUUGAGGGGCUCAUGAGAAAAGAAACAUAAAAAGGUCGCCAGCUGGCGGAAAGGUUCUUUGUCGAGCACGACAUCCCGAACGGAAGAUAAUAAGAAGGCAUUUUCCGCUGAUAGAACAGAUUUCAAACAACGUAUCGCGGCCUAUGAGGUCGAUGAAGAAGGACGGUUUUCUCUGAAAUAUCUUCCAUCGCGUUUCGAUAAUACUGGAAAGCCGCAAAUAAACAUCGCAUCUAUCGAAAACAAGCGUUCUUGAUCACAAACCUCGACAAAGAAACAAACAGUUAUUCUUGAGCGGAAUUUCAAGCUCGUUUCACGAAAUCCUGUAAUCUGCAGCAGCAUACAGAAACGUGCGGCAGAUGAGAGACGAAAGUGGAGUGCCGCGGGAAAAAAUAAAACCGCCAGAAUCGGCGUGUGAAAACGGUCGAACCUCUCCAGCCCUUCGGGGGCUCUGUUUUUUAUCAUUUUCGUCCGUCUUGAAGGCCGCUUUGGCUCGAAUUUUUUGGGAAUAGCGGCUCCAAAAGCCUGCUCUUUGUGGCCUCCGAGAUUGGAGCGAUCAGAAUGUUGUGAACCACGGUUUGAACGGCCGGGGCCGCGGCCAGUUUUUCGAGCACUUCGUCCAAGACAUCGUCAGACAUAGUUUCCGACGCCAUCACACACAAUAUUUGACAUUCUCUAAUUGGUCCGCUUUCCGUGGGUUAGGUCCCCGGCCCCGGCCCCGGCCCCAGCCUACCGCCCCUCUAUAGAAAAGGAGAGUUCGGCGGCAGACUGGGUUCGGGACUCCUCUCAAGAGUGUAUGCAGUUCAAACAAUUCGGCCCUCCAAGUAGUAUAUUCAGUCAAAAAUUCCGGCACCUUUUUCUGCCCUCCUGAACGAGCAACGCGAGUGAGGGAAGGCGGAAAAAAGUGUCCGAAUUUGACUCUGCAUAUACCACUCAACACCAACAAAUACCCGAACUCCCGGGCACCCGCUGUUUAUGUAUUCAGGCAACCACGUUAAAUAAAAAGGUUCUUGUCUCGUCUUGAUUAUAAAAUUAUGCGUAAACCAGAACUAGACUGAGUAUUUCACUUAAGCUCGCGUUCUGUUUUGUUUUGUUUGUUUGUUUUAAUUUUAAAAAAGCAGGUUCAUCAAGGCAAAGUCAAAGAGUAUCUUAUCAGGAAACUCAACAAAGAAACGUUUCAAGUGGGCGCCAUCCAGGUAACUUCCUUAUUUCUAUUAAGGGACGGACCAUUAGAAAACUUAUGGGGGGCGCGCGGGCGAACUACAAAAAAAAGGGAAAAUUAAAUGAAAAAAAUUCUGGCAUGCCAAUGAACCCUAAAAAAUGUUCAUGCUAUGGCCUAAAAAAAAUUCCUACAAAGAAUUUGCUAACGAAAAAAAAUUCCUGCGGCUCGAAAAUUUCCCCCCCAUAACGUUUCUAAUGGUCCGUCCCUAAGGAGCUUAAGAAACGACGAAGGUGACGACAACGAGAACGGCAAACAGCAAACAUUAUCAACAGAAGACAACACGUUUUUUUGUACAUUAAAUUUCUUUGCCAAAUUUCGCGUUUUAUGUAGGAUGUGAACGCUGGAAGACGAUUUUCUUGUUGUCUUUAUGAACUUGGAUAGUUCUUUGGAUCCAACUCCCGGGAAAAUUCGCCAACAUUUGACAAAAUGAGCGGGAAAGAAUAGCAGUGGUGAAGUGCAAAUUCAAUUUUUAAUUAACGUUUUCGCUGUCGCGCCGUCGCGGUUGCUUAAGCUCCCUAAUAACUUCUUCUUACUCGCUUAGGGCUGCUUAAAACGUGAAUAAUCUUCAGCCACACUAAUUAUGACCCCUUCCCUUCAUUAGUUGAAAGCAGAAUCAUUAUUGAAGCAGCUGAAUCGCAUUAUUGGUAGUCAAGAUAACUAGUUUACAGUUCAUUCUAAUUUCAACUUCCAUGUAAAAGGAUGGAUGAUCAGUAGGACGCUAACAUUGAAUCUUUAGCAUCGUUUUUUCGGGAGAGUUUGUAAUUGUCGCGGGUCGCGAAGGUCUUUUUUUCUGUCGUAGAAACAUAGCUAUCGUAUUUGUAGCGCUACUGCCGUAAUUAGCUGGCUCCACUGUAAGUGCGGCUCCUAAGUGUAGUUAGACUCUAGCAUGGUCGAACUUAAUUCCUUUUAAUAAUAUAGUUGUUGCUGAAAAUAAUAAAAGAUAUAUAAUUAUAAUGAUGACAAUAAUAAUUAUAAACGGUUUAGUGAACUUUUAAAUUGUAAUUAUAGAGAAAGUUCGGCAAGGCUUUAGCGCAACGUUAAAAAUCAAAGUGUGCCGUCAAUCCUUUCAUAUUCGUAGAUCCAGAAACGAUCGUUUUCUCCCCAUACAGAUCCUUAUAUUUUGAAGGUUACGCACCAAUGCCGGGGGUCAUAUUUUCAGCUUGGGCCACCUGUAGGCAGUAAUAUGACACUUGAAACGGGCUCCUAACGCCUAUCUCAAUUUGCAUUAACUUUGUCGUACUCAGUUUUUAAAUAAAAGCAGUCGCAUUAAGUAUAAACUUUACGCCGUAAAUCUAAGGGAAGAUAUGACCGCCACAGUUGUAAACGCAAUUCAAGAAAUCGCAAAUUAAGGCCUAAGUAAUUUUGAGCCUUAAACCAUGGCCCAUGGCCUCUGCAAUAGUACCGCAAUGCUUUUCCAACUCAACUGUCUAGGCCCAUACGUUGGGAGCCAGCCAAGUGGUUGAGUUUAUUUGGUGAUUAGCGCUUAUUCCAUAGUCGGGUACACAAACCAAACCAAAAUGUGACACCCACUGGCGUUUUUGUCUGAUUUUUGGCAACAUAGCUAUUGUUACUAACUUGAGUACCCUGAUUUCGAAAAUCACUGUUGUCAAGCUCAAUUCUUGUGUGAAGGUGGAGUUUUGGGGUAUUUAAUUAUGACGUAAUAAUAUAAUAAUGAUAUAAAUAAUAAUUUGUUAUUUAUAAGGCGCAAAAUAGCAUCUAAAUAUAUGAUCUAAUGCGCACUACGUCAUUGUCCAAAUAAGGAGUUUUCUUUCCUUUCAUAGAUUUCAAUACAAUAGAUCCAGAAAUGGUUUCAAAGGGUUCUAAGUAUUUUCUGAAACGCCGACUCUACGAAUUUCGAGGCGUUACGUGACAAUUGGCCACCCCCUUUGAUGUAAAAUUCACGCACUUAUGGGACCGGUAAAGCUGUGAUAUUUUUUUCGUGAUAAUUUUAUUGAUAAAAUAAAGAUCAUUUCAGAAUAAGCCAUUCUUUGAUAGCACGAAUUCUUGGCAAUUGCGAAACUUCCCCAUUCCUGUACUUUUUCUUCGGCCUAAUAAACUACAAGAACAAGGCAUUUUCAAAAUUCACUACUUCUACCACUAAGUCGGCCACAGCCGAGCCUUGAAAAGAUUAUUUUGGUGAAUCAGUGUCUCUGACUAGAGUCUACACCAGUUUCUCGCUUUAAGAUAUCAACUAAUACUGAUUUUGGCCGUCCCCUACUUCUAUGGCCGUGGGUUGGCUCCUAAAGGACGAGUUUGUGCGUUGGGAGGUAGGAAUGUCUUUGACAGUGCCCAGCGAGCCUCAUCCUUGUUGCUGUUACUUUGUCUCCAACUCUCGGCAAAUCUCCUUAAAGAUCUUAAUUGGAGGUGUGGCUUUGCCAGGAAACAUUCAAGGCCAGUGUAGCAACCAUUUAAUGACUUGGUAAGGGUAGGGGCUAGGGUCCAGGUUUCACCACCAUGAAGAAGAACAGAUUCCACAGUGGCUUUGAAGAAUGACAGUUUUACACUCCUGGACAUAUUAGAUCUCCAGAUCUUCUUCAUGUCGCUCAGCACCUUCCACCUUUUCUUUCUUUUAUGUCACUCUUUGUAGAGGCAAUGAGAGGCCGAAAUACUUAAAAUCCCGAACUUCUCACAGUUCUUUUCCUUCCAUAGUUUUGAGUGGAGUAUCAACACUCGAGUUGUACUAGAUAACUUCCGUCUUCUUUGAGUUCAGCUGCAGGCCUACUUUCUUGCACUCAGACUCUGUUAAUGUGAGUAGUUUCCGAGCGUGAUCAACCACAUUAGACAAAAGAGCGAUGUCAAAGGUCAAGGUCGGUUUCAGUCUCACUAUCCGGAGUGCUGUCUAGAUGAUGUCUAGAUCGCAGUUCUUUAGCAGCUGUAGUGGAAUACCAUCAGGACCACUACUUUUUCCUUGUUUUAAAGACCUUUUAACUUUAACAUAUUCUGCCAGUGUGAAUGGAACAUCGUUAAUAUCGAGGUUAGAAAAGAAGGCGGGAAUGACCUCGCUUUCGUCCACAUCUGUUGAUGGGGGGUUGUCGAGUAGAUUUUGAAAGUGAGUAAACCACGUGUUCACUCUCUCUUGUGGACUAGCUCCAGAGAUCUAACCUUCCUUUGUUUUCUUGCGGUCGGUAACCUCAUUGAUACCUUUCAAGGUUUCAGUAUAUCUACCUUCACUAUAUCGAGCCUUGAUUCUCUGAACAUUUGACAGUACUUCAUUUUCAUCUUCUCUCAAUGAGUCGUAAGAAGCAAAAAGUUUUUGUCUAGCCUCUUCCUACAGGUUCUUGUUCUCCAUUGAAUGGGCAUUGUCGUAAAUUUUGCGAACAUUUUUAACAACUUCCCUCGCUUCCACAACACUAGGAUGUUUACUCAGUAAAGUUCUUCUCGCGUUCUUUGUUACUGGAAAACAUUUCUUCGUCGCCAACUGAUUUACUUUAAUAAACUUCUCAUACUUCGCUGUCGAGUUCUCCAUACCUCGUUGUACCUUGAAUCGAUUGCGUACUACCACAGUGCCCUGUUUUUACAAGUCAGGCACGGUAGAGAAGACUUUCCAGUCAUAUCUGAUCUUCAACGAAAGCUCUAAGACUCAAAGGCACCUCCAUAGAGAUUACUCUGUGGUCUGAACCAACUGAAGAGAAUGUGGAAUAAGAUUUAGCGUUUAAGAUGCUUUUCCUCCAUUUCUUACGGAUGAGGAUGUAGUCAAGUUGUCGUCGCAUCCCAGUUCCAUGGUCCUGAUAUGUCCACAUUUUCCCGCGUCUCUUUUGGCUGCCAAAAGUUCGGUUACUGAGAGUAACUCAGCGAGAAGAGCUCUGUUACGGUUUGUUGUAUCGUGUUACGUAAAAGGUGCAUCUUCUCAGCCGAGCCCGGUAUUGAAGUCUCCUAAUACCAUCAGAAAGUUGGGAGCUGGCACGUCCCUCAACACGUUCCGCAGAUCCUCAUAGAACUUAUUUACUUCCUCAGAUUGUGCAACGUUUGUAGGAGAAUAGACAACGAUGAUUGUUGAAGCUAGAUUGCCGUCAAAUUCUGCCAUUCAGGAUACAAUCAGUAAGUGACUUGACGUUUCUGAGGGCUUUCCUUGCACGAGCACUAAGCAUCAGACCCACUCCUCCUUGUGAUGCCUCCAAGCUGAAGAUAAAACGAAAAAUUUAUUGUCGAUCCGACUGAUAAUGACAGGGUCCGAAUGACUUGCUUAUGUAUUUGAACUCCGACUAUGUCUAAACCAUUGUCAUGCAUGCAAUGUGCCAGUUCCUGAGCCUUAGUUUUGUCUUUCAUUGUGUUAGCAUUAGAACUUGCAAUAAUGAGCGGUUUCCUGCUGCGCAGUAGAGCACUAGACUGAGUACCAACAUCAAAUGGCUCCGUCCAAGAGUGGUUUGCGAAACCAUUGUCAUUCUGUCUAUCAUUGUUGUACGAUAAACCGGCACCGUCCUCAGCUCGUCUCCUGGGGACUCCCGCCCCUGGAAGUAUAGGAUUUGAGCGUCUUUCCAUAUCAAUAAUCUCAUGGGCUAUACAAUGCGAAAGAUGCUUCUUGGCUGGUCGCAACUCCUCGCCAAGAUUUGCACGAUGACCGUUCGCUUACUUUGAGCUCAUCCGCCCUUUGACAGGUCUUGGUUUUCAUCCUGCAGGGUGUCGUGCGACACUCCUCACUAGCUAAAAGCUGGUGGGGGAGCCAGUUUAGUCGCCGGCUACCGGACCAUGCGGCAGGUUGUACUGGGUGACAUGGUACCAGUAGCAGUAGCAGUAACAGAACAGCUCAAAAUUCAUCUUAGUUGAAAUAGCCGGACCAUUGAUGUGAUUUACAAAAUACGGAUUUCAAACCUAAAAACCAUAUUCUAAAAUUGGAGGCACUAAGGUCUUAUUUUUUUUCUAGCCUCCUUCAGAAUUAUUUGGACUAAAGGUUCGCCGCAUCAAACCCAGAAUCUUAUUAGCUUUUUCACAGAUAUAAUUUAUACGGCAAUCCCAAGACAGGGAAGACUCCCGCCAGAAAACAAGGUACUUGUGGUAUUCUACCGCCGAUAAGGGUUUGUCAGACAGCCAGAACUCAUGAUGUUAUGGGUCCUUGGAUCUUGACAGGUGAAGGGCCUUAGACGUUUCAGACUUCAGAGUUACAAGCCAGGAUUCACACCAAUGAUAGGCAGUUUAAAGAUCUUUACAAUCUGGCUUUGAAGUAACUUUACGAUGAAGAAUACCGUCGACAACAAAUAGUCCACAAUUACAUUUAACUGCUAAAGGAAAGUCACUUAAGUAUAACGAGAAAGAGCAAAGGUCCCAAAAUACUUCCCUGAGGCACGCCAGAUGUCACCUCAGACCAGUCGAAAGAACGGCCGUCGAUAAAUACCCUCUGUCUUCGUGAAGACAAAAAAAUCUGAGAUGCAUUCCAAUAAGUGACCCUUGAUUCCAUAAUAUUGAAGCUUUAGUAGCAGGUGUGGAUGGGACAAUUUAUCGAAGGCUUUUGCGAAGUCUAGAAAAAUUGCAUCCACAGAGCCACGAUCAUCGAGAAUACUAAGCCACUCGUGGACAAGCUGGAGCAGCUGAGAUAAGCUGCUGUUUGGCGGCGGGUUGUUUUUAAAAAAGGUUUUCCUUCUAAUGCUUUUGGUGUAUUAAGUCAGAAUAACAAUUCCUGUGCCACUGUAGACAGCAUGAAUCUGGAAUGAUUCCAUUAGGAGCUGUUACAUCUGUUACGCGUUUAAUUGCCUCAACACUUUUCCGCGCCUUUGCAGCUUCUAUCAGCUUUUGCACACCUCUCGCCGCUGUAUGAGGAAAGCCAUAUCUCAUCAUUAGAGUCUGUACUGAGAGAAUUGCUACAGCUCCAUUUUUUGUUUUAGAUGCCGCCACGAUCUACAUUUUAAGCAGUAUAGAGUCGAUACAGUGGCGAGCCACUCCAAACACUUGAGGCCGGAUCAGAGAAAGAAUAUCAGGGUCCUGAAAUGGCCUUUGCUCGAGUUACGAAGGCAGUUUAUUGGCUUAGUGCAGAUGUACUUGAUUAUUUUUGGGCACUGUGACAUACAUCCUCAUAUGAUUUUUGAUAAGACCUAAGAAAAUACAAAUUACUUCAAAUUUUCAUUUUUUAAUCGCUACAAAACAGACUGGGAUUCCAUCGAACAUUAUGCAUGCACCUUAACUAAGCAGUUUUAAGUCAUUGUGUCAAUCAGGUGUAACUUGUGAGUGACAAGCAUGUAAUUUAAUUAGGUAAGCUUUGGGCCGUAUUUCAAUUGUACUUCUUAGUUUCUAGUAUAAUAUUUAAUAUUGGAGGAUAUAGUUUGUAUGGGAAUUUAGUUUCCCCAGUUAUCUCCAGUCAUGCAGUUUUUAGUAUUUUUCUGUAAUUAAUUUAUUUGUAUUAAUUAACAUGACGAAGUAUUAUUAAACUUAGUAAACUUAAACUUAAACAAACGCAGGAAGAAGUGCUUGUUUUGACAACGAGGUGCCUCUACCUAAUAUCAAGGGCAAGAAACACGAAGUAGCUGGAGAAAUGUCGCACCUGUAGAGUGGAAUCUUUUUGUAUUCUGCCAAGAUGAAUCAAAACUCCGAGAGGCGCUCAUAUCAGUUACGUCAUUCAAUGUUAGCAAUUCAAUUCUUGCAAUUGAAUAAUCGCAUCUGGAUAAUACAAUGAGAUUCCGCGUUGCUGGUGUCAGUGAUCUCAUUGCUGCAAAGGGUGAAAGGUGCCUGAGCGCUUAUAUUAAAGUAUCUCACUGGCAAAGGCAAAAGUAUUCUCAAAAGAGAGACAUCGAUAUGAUUUUUAUCUGUUCUGAUCUUCACUAUGUUGCUGAGCGCAACCAAAUACUCCAGCUGUCUGACGUAUAGGUGAGGUAUAAUAAGCUAGCCCAACCAAUACACAAAUACUGCAGUCGUUUAUCAUUUGAUGAGAAGUUCAUCAAAAAAGUUGGAGACUUGUUCUACUUCGUCCAACCAUUGAUCUGCGACAUUUUAGACAGAGACCCACUCCUUGCUUUGCGCAAAUAUUGCCAUGAGAUCAUUGCAGACAGUUUCUGUCAAAGUAAUGAAACUGCUAAUGAUGACGAAAUGCUCACAAUGCCUCAGCCACUGUGCUUCACAAGGAGACGAUUUCUUGUCGUUGAUUCAUGUCGCGUUAAAACGUAGAUUAGGGAGCACAAAACACAGUCGUGUCUAUGAAUGAGAAAAACGGCACCGUUGUCCUAGCCAAUCUAAACCAACACUUCCAAAUUCCAAUUCGACCAGGAAUCAGGUAGACAAAGAACCACUUUGUGGAUGUACUACCUCCAAAUCAUUAUUAUUAUUAACCCAGAAAACUUGUUGCGGUUCACAACUGAUAACAUUGACAUCAAAGAUUCGUCACUAGGUGGAAAGAACAGUUUCCACGAAACACAGGUAGUUGCUUGGCAAGGAGGGCCACAUAAAACAGCGCGUUUGGCAAGCUUGAGGCCUGUUGACAAAACUAAUCUUGUAAUUCCUGAAGCAUUAUAUGCAGCAGCUGAUCUUGUGGAAGGCAAUAGGGUCCCGGUAUUUACAGAACCUGUUACACUGACGUGGGAUACUUUUUUUAUACUACGGUUUGACGUAAGCGGACAUUCCGAAACCAGUGCUUCCGAGCCCAGAGGAGACAGGUUGGACGCUAGCUGAAGACUCACUGGUUCCUGUCUUUAAGACCCUUAAUUCAAUCCCGUAGGCUUGUGUGGAGUUGGUUUAAUUCAUGCCGGUGCACCACUGGCUGCGAAAAUCUUCACUUUAAAUGCAGAAAGUCGCAUGUCGUGUGUACUGGGCAAUAGGGAGUUUAAGAUACGGCGACUACGGACUACGGCUACGGAUAAAUAUGCUACUGCGCAUGAUCAAAACCACGUGACUGUUCAUUUUUCCCGCGUGGUCCUGCGGCUACGGUGAGUUGUUGAGCCGUUUCGCGUAGUCGGGACUACGGAGAACAUUUUGCUCGUAUUUUGCCGUCUCGGUAAUUCAAGAAUCUCGUCUUUUCGUUAAAAAGUUUUCAAUUCACCUGCUUUAAGUGAGAGGGAAGCGAAAUAUGUAAGUUGUGUCUAAUUUCUGCUAGAUUUACGCUUUUAAUCCACUGUUGUGACUACAUUUUAUUAAGCUUAGCUGUUUAUACGCAGAAUUCAGAUUGACGGCCUAGGAGAAGAGAAAUCAUGCAGGUAAUUUACUUUCUCUUCGCACUUGAAAAGUUUCAAUGUUUGUUCAAACUGAUUAGUGAGUCUUUGUACUUGUGUAACCUUUAUUUAUGCGAGUUUUUGUAUCGCGCCAUUUGCUGAAUGAAAAUGAUGUAAACAUGCUCGAGACAAUCGAAACUCGGCAUUUCAGUACUUCAAACUACAUCAGAUCAGUCGGAGAAGUCCAUCUUCUAAAUCUAAUAAAUGAGCUAUUACUAUUUCUGUCUAUAUCUUUAAUAUUUGACAUAAGUAUUCAUGGGCGAAAAAAUAAAACCUGUGUAACCAAAACUUUGUUUACCAAUUUCACCCGACGUAAUUGCUUCCUUCAAGUAUGGAAGAAUUUGUUCAUUGUUCUAAAGAUAAGAUGACAUGCAAAACUGACUUGCAUUUUUGUGAACUGUGAUAAAAACAAGAAAAUCUUUGCGUGUUGUUUCCCUCUCCGCCUCUUCUGUCGUAGUCUACUGUCUGUAGUGCAAGCUUAACGUUCUAUAUUUGCACGACUCAACCCAGUGCUACGAACAAAGGACAACGCUCGUCCAGCCGUAGUUCGUAGUCCGUAGUCUCCGUAUCUUAAACUCCCUAAUGUGGGUACGCUAAGGUCGACGCUAACUGCUGUAUCAACCGUAGCUAACACGCUCUAAUGUAUAUAAAAAAUAUAUUAGGUCAAUGUUUUUUAAGAGAUCAGAUAUUUACAAUAUUAUUGAAUAACAAUAUUAUCGACAAAUUGAAACCCGAGAGUGAGAAGCAAUGUUCUGUCAUUUGAUAAUUUUACGUGAAUUCAACCUAAGUCUCCAUCAAGAAAGACAAAGUGAUUUGUGAAAUCACUAAGAUUCAACAUUGCACAUGAGAAACAAUAAUUUGUACAUGUAUUCCCAAGUGUUACAACGAACUGUUUUUCAACAAAAUGUCACAAAGAUACCCCUGAUAAGGUGAUUUUUCUAUAAGAGGGCGCGCUCAAGUGUCAUAUGAUGGCUGGAUAUUAAAAGAGCGGCUUAAAAGCAGUCAGCAAUUCUUAGAAUAAACUUUACAGUACACUCUUAACGCUUUAAAAGAAUUUCUUUCUCUAUUAAACUUAGAAUUGUUAAAGGGGGGAAAAUUCCUUAUUUGGACAAUAACGUCAUAGUGAAAUGCCCCGAAACUCCACCUUAACACAAAAAUUGAUCUUGGCAACAAUGAGUUUUGAAGUCAGCCUACUCGAGUUAUGUUGCCAAAAUCAGGCAAGAAUGGCCGUAGAUGUCACAUUUUGGUUUCCAGUGUACCAGACUAUAUCCAGUGAGUUAAACCACCUAUAAAGAUGGCACAUGACCUUAUUUUAAUUAGAUUCCUUCGCAUUAUGUUUAUUAAUUAUGGGAUAAACAUAAAAGGCUAAGACGGCAUUGGCGGUAAUGUACUCCUCCGCAUAUUAAUGAGAUUCCUAGGCAAAAAAAAAUCGUAGUAACCGAUGCGCCCUAUACUACUGAGGAUGGGUAGGUAUUGCGACGAAUUGCACUAUGAGGUUGUUUUAGGGACGCUAUCGCUAUUUUAUUGGCUAUUUUAUUGAGUCAAAAUUUCGGCCUCCAACUGGACUGUCCCAUAGUACAAUUCUUACACAAUACCUCAAAUGGCCAAUAAUAAUUGUUCACAGCAAUAACUCAAGUGGCGGACAAGUAACGUGUUGAUGCUUCUGUUCCUAACAAGCUUAUUACAAAUAGGUAUUUUAAAUGACGAUAAAGUUGUGCAAAUUGUAACAGCUAAUAUUAUUCAUUCAAAAUAAUUAUCCGUUUCUGACUAGCUACAAUCCCACGCAUAAUUCAUCAUAAGCUACUGUUGACCAAAUUUGGAAUAAUUAUGUGGAAAAUGACGUCAAUUCUACAGCAUCAUAAUUGCCACGAAAACUAGACAGUUAAUCGAGAAGACCUGGGGACGAGUAAGUAAUGGGUGAGCUAUUGUCUAAAAACAUAGCAAGAACAGCAAGAAUACAACUCGACGGACGACAUCCGCGAUUUGGAGAAAAUUUGCAGAACUGAACAACCUUUUAACUCCUAAGCGUGCCGAUAAACAGGCAAUUGAAGAUGAACUUAAAGGGACUGUGUCACGAUUGUGCGUAUGUGUGAGCUGUGACAGUAGCUGAUUGUCUUUGAACGAAUCGGAAGCGAGUAAGCUGCACUCGAGAAAAUUUACAUAAUUUUAGAUCCAUUGUUCGCGAAGUGGGAGUCUUCCGGACGUUUAUGUUCGAUUUUAUAUAUAUCCCCACAAUUCAUAUUUAUUCUCCGGUAUUCCUUAGAUAAAUGUUGCAGAUGAUAAGAAUAAGAUUAACAACCCUGUCCUUCUUUGAAACAAACAUUUACCUACGUGUAUUUUUACGUACCCACGCUAGAAAACAAGUCUCCGAUCCGCAAACAAAAAUAAUUUGUGAACAAAACUUACUGAUCUCUCUGUUUACCCUAUAUAAACUUAGAAAUACCUGCAAAUAGCUCCUGACCGUUGAUCAAAACACACAGUAUAGGAUGAGGCAAACGUUUUGCUUAAAAUGCCAGCUAAAUGCGCGCUAUAAUAAAAUAAGCCAUGCCAUGCGGUCGGCUAGCUCAGUCGAUUGAUACCGGCUGAAAAUCGUAGAAUUGUUUGAAAGCAAUUCUUAGCGCUUCAUCAUAAAACGCUUUCAUUGCAAUAGCAGCCACAUAACGUGUAAGUAAAAAGAUUAUUCUAAAAGAACAACGCAAAAAAAGGAAUAAACAGGAGCCCAUAACUAUGGCAUAAAUUUCAACUGCUUAUCAGCAAAUAACAAAAUUCCUUCCGAGUCGUUGCGUUGCGAGUUCCGCAAAACAAACGUUAUCGAUUCAACACAUAAAGAAACCAGAUGUUAAACGGAACAUUCAGGGAACAAUUUAUUUUUAAAAGAUCAAUUCUUAAACAUCUACGCUCAUACAGAAAAGAUACAAGGAACAUUCCCAGUCAACUACAUCAGUAAAGAUCGCGCGGCCUGUUGUCAGUACUUUCUACUGUACAACUACGGAUCGGAGUCAUAAAUCGAAUGCCUGUUAAAACGUUUCAUGUUCGAUGGUUUGUCUCUUCAAACCUCACACGACUUCGUGUACAACAAAAGAUUGCUGAGUUUUCUCCUUCUGAUUCCAGGCACUCGAUAAAUUAAAUUGCUGCAGACAAUCGGAAGUCAUGUCGCAGAUCAGCUUCACUCGCCGCUGCGUCCCAUUAGUAGUCCACGGCUGUAUCGAGGAAACCCUUUUUAACUCCUCUUUACAUAUUUAUCGUUUGAAAAAUAUCCGUCAAAGGUAGAUAGUUGACUGGAGAACCUUGAUAGACAAAAAUGAAAGCUAGAUGACCACAUUAAAGGCCACAUUUGAUCCGUUUGUAGGAACACUGACAACAACGAACUUGGCUUCGUACGGUUCUCCUCAAUGACUUCGAAUUUUCUCGACAAUACUUGCACAAAAGUACAAAAUAUGGCGUUUAAAACUUCCCAAAUGGACCAAAUAGCUCUUGAAUACUGAUAUUAUGGCUCUCUCGGGCGUCUCAGGGUCGAUGGAAGAGCAUUUCUUCACCAAACGCCAAUCUUGAAAAACUGUCCGCCGGAGAGAAAUCAAGUUGCCGCACAUGCGCAGAAGCGUGUCACAGUCCCUUUAACAUCGAUGGAGUUAAACAUGUUUUAGAUUGUUUUUAAACUAGGAAUUAUUUUGAAAGAAUAAUUAUACAAUUAUAAGCUAAGACAGCUGUUACAAUAAGCGACAAAAUAAAUUGUUCAAACUGUUUGGAAGAAUAAUUGUUUAGAAUUAUAGUUCUAGAAGUCCUUUCAAUUUGAUUAUAAAAUCAAGAAUGAAAAUGUUCUCAAAACGUUGUAGAAAAACUAAUUUAAGGUGGCUUAACAACAUACUCCUGAGUUUAUCGAUCGGAAACUGUCACCACAGCUGUACUAUGUUAUGUACUACCGUUACUAUGUAUGCUAAGGAGGUUAUCCAUGCAAUUUCAAUGAGCCACACUUCAUGGAGCUUCUCAACCAUAGAACAUUGAAAGUGAGCCGCUUUUUGGUUUAAUGACUUACUUAUUUACUAAUUAGGACAUUUGGUCCAACAAUGCGGUAACUUCUGACUCUGGGUACUUCAUAUUAGACACAAUUAUUUUUGAUUUCUGUGUAAGUUCAUGUUUGACAGAAUUGCUUGCGUUUUAGGUGAAAAUGAGGAAAAGAGACAUUUCGAGUAAGAGGUUGAAUCUCCUCAGCGGGAAUUUCUGGACAUAAUGAGUUUUGUGGUGAUGUCUUCAUUGUGGAUUAAACUAAUAAUAUGAUUAAGUUGGCUUUUUCUCCGCCUUUGACUUUCCUUUUGUCUUACUAAGCUGAAAAAAUUCAAAUGUGGAAGAAUGCGUUUUAAACUAAUGAUGGGUUAAAUGAUCUUUCACAUAAAAUAUUCAGGGACAUAAAUAUUGCUUCUUUAGGUACCUUGCCCGUGUUAAUCAAUUUGGAGAAUGCGACAUUUCAAGACAAUCACAGUGGAGAUCUCACUUGUUUGAUGAAGGAGAUGGCAAUGCAGUUUUUUGACACUAUGGCAGCUGGCAUUCCAAAUGAAGAAAAGCCUAAGUGCCUGUAUUAUUAUUUGGAAGGAGUACGUCAUCUAAAAGUUAAACAGGCAUUUGAAAGUAGUUUAAGAAUAACAGUAGAGUGUCCCACUCUGGAAAUCCUUGAUGAGCUAUGGGAGGACUAUAGCUCUGGUAACCUAAAUGCAGUUGCCGAAGAAUAUCUGUUGACAGAUGACAUCAAGAGGAGAUUUCACGUAGAGUCUGUUAGAUUAAACACAACAAUUUUGGAUGAAGACUACUUGGCUUGCAAACAGUUUCUAACAGGUAAUUUAUCCGGGCUGUUAUUUGUCAGUUUUGGGAUUAUAGGCAGAUUAAGAACCGUUUUAAAGUGAGGCCCCAAGGUAAAUUGCCUAACAUUUCCUGUUGGCUCAUAGUUAUGAAAAUAUUGUUUUAAAACAUUUAUUUAGCCUCUGGGGAAAAAAUGAGUGUUUAGAGGGGCUAAGGAAGCCCUCCAUUGGAAAUCGCAGGAGGCGAAGGUCACGCGCCGAGACCGAAAUGCUAAAGGUAGGGCGAUUCCUAGAGGAGGUUGGACACGGCCCGCAAGGCAACAUGGGGCGAAUUAACGCAUAGAGCGUCCUUGGAAUCAUCUGCAUCAAACCUUCGAGCAGUGCAGAUCUCCAGUGACAGCAAUUUUUUACUGUAAGAAGCACUGAAUCGGCCUACAUUGCCUUUUAUACCCUAGUCCUAGUCUACUACUGGCAAAGGUUUAUCGUACGCGUGGCUGCCCAGUUGAAAGCUCAUUCAAGGCUAUUACAAAAAGCAACAUUUCUUUUUUUAUGCAUCAUCGUGCAAACUCAAAUAAUAUAAGCAAUUUCAUUUUAUAGUAAAUUACAUUUUCAUUACUUUCAACUUAGACUUCAGCAUACCAGUUUAUUUUGGGUUAAUAUAUUUCAAUUUGUUUAGGUGUCUUCCAGAGGAUUUUUCUCUUGGCUACACCUGACAGGCGGAUAAAGUUUUAUCUCACCUUGUAAACUAUCGUCGUCUGCAUUCGUGUCAUUCUUAGGGUAAAAUCUUUCAUUAGGACGUAUAGAUUUUUUGACCUAUGAACACGGAGGGUAAUGAGUCCUGAAGUUUACUUCUUACUGUUAGCUAUAUAUUUUUGUUCUUAAAGCAAUAACAACAUUUGAUUUUCGAAUUCCUUGGUGAAACUGGGCCACAAAAAAAGGACUGAAGCCAUAUUUUUAAAUAAAACCUAGAAAUAAGAAAAAUACACCAACAUGAGCGAAUUAGCUGGGAAGCCAACCCACUUUUGAACUCUUGAAUCCUAGGUAGAUCCGGGUUCCAAUUUUUUAUAAACGUCCAAGUUGUGUAUUGCACUCAGAUUAUAUGAAUGAUACGAUGUUUUCCCAAGAUCAAAAGACCCCUUGCCCUGCAAUAUCGGAAAACAUCUAUCAAAUUUUGAUCGCUUAUAACAGACAAACGGCAAGAGGUGCGAUGGAGUGCGAUACGCUAAACUCAAAGAACAGCUUUUCCUUAAAUAGAUACUGCCAUUUUUUUUUUGGGCGAGCACCCUCAGAAUAUUGGCAGUGAAACCGAACGUGUUGGGUGAACACAUCGACGGUAACGGCGACCAUAUUGGACAGCCAUGCGAGCAAUUAAACGUAUAGCAAAAUCAAUGGAAAUGGCUGCAAGAAAAAGCAAUAAAAGGUUAUUUUAGGAACUUACCUUUUACUUCACCUUUUUUGUUGCGACAAAAAUGUUGCACAUCUUGAAAUAAACGCAAACAAACCCCUGAUUUCUUGCGUGCGUUCAGUCCUUUUAAAAUGAGCAAUGAAUGAAUACGGCGACGCGAUUGGUCAAGUGCUCCUACCAAGGUGCAUUUCGGACCGUGUCCAACCUCCUCUGUGCGAUUCCUAAAUGGAGGGGCUUGCCUGGAGGCUAAUAGAGAUGCUUAUUUGUAAUAUUUGCAAACAAUUUAUUCCCUCUGACAAUGCUUGGCGGUAUAUGUGCUAUUUCUCAAGGACCUGUAGAUAAUGAAACGAAAGCUUUGAAUGAAAGUCAACUAGGUAUGACAAUGAGUGUUACAGUUUAUUCGAAAUGCAAUGUCCUAGACCUUUGUCUAGGUUAGGUUCUGAGUAACGAAAGUAUGAAUUGCUUCCUGACAUAGAUUUAUUAGUUCUCAAGGACAAUUAAUUUAACGUCAGCGCAUCCCUCAUUUUCACAUCUCCGCUAAAAAUGUUAAGACGAAAUCCACCAGGAAACUGAGUAAUUUUAAUUUUCGGUGGACAAAAACCUUGUACCAGAAUAAUUUAAUUAAUAUUACAUUCUUUCUCAAAAGUUUAUAUUUUGGUUUUCCGUACCUUUGAUAUAUUUUGAAUUUUUUUUAUAAGUUUGCUUUCGAGUACCCACUUUCCUAUCAAAGUAGAAAAAUCCAUUGUAGCUUUCCUUUCGUCUCAGAUUAUUCAGAAUACGAUCAAGAGCCACUGGCUAAGGAAAGAGGAAACUUGCUUCAAGAUUACUUCCAAGUUGCUAGCGAAACUCAUCGUCAAUCUGUUGUAGACUCCGAACCACUGACUCUGCACUUUUCAGUGAAUGGUAAGUGUGUAAUACCGAAAAGUUCUGAAAAUAAGCCCCUCCCAAUAUAAGCCCCACGAACUAGUAACGCAAAAAACCCUCCGAUAAAUCGCCCCUCCAAAUACAAGCCCCGAGGGCUUGUACUCGGAAAUAGCCCUCAAAUUCAAAGUAAAUUUAAAAAAAAAAACAAAGCAAAAACUAUACAGUAACAUAAAUUUUUGCAUUUGUCAAACAACUAUUACGGGUGCCAGUAGGAUUGCAGUCAAAACGUGUCACAGUAUAUUGCUGCUGGCGUAGUUCACUCUUCAAUCUUAGUUUGGAUUUCCUCGAUCGGUCCAUAUAGACAAAUUAAAAGCUUUCUUAAAAAGAAAUGUUUUAAGUUGCUUUUUAAAAAUGGCGAGGCUACUACUUGUUCUUAUAGUUAAUGGCAGCGAGUUCCAUAAAACAGGUGCAGCAUGAGCAAAGGCCCGAUCCCCAAGUGUGGAGCAGUUGACUUUUGGAACGAACAGAAGAGAUUGUGCAGACGAACGAAGAGCAUAAUUAGCAGCCGGUUUCAGGGAUAAAAGAUCUUUAAUGUAGGAUGGACUUUGGUUGUGUAGUGACUUGUAAGCAAAAAGGACCAAUUUGAACUGAACUCUAAACGUUACUGGAAGCCAAUGUAGAUCGAUAACAGCGGGUGUGAUAUGAUCAAAUUUCGCAUUCUGAAAAGUCACUCUAGCCGCGGCAUUCUGGACUUUCUGUAAACGAUCAAGCUGAUUUUUGGGUAGACCAAAUAGAAGUGCGUUACAGUAAUCAAGGUGCGAACAUACAAAGGCAUGGAUCAGUGUCUUUGUGGAUUGCACGGUAAGGAAUUUUCUGAUCUGUCUUAUGUUGUAUAGUCCGCGAAAAGCUUUGCUACAAAUCUUGCCUAUGUGAACAUUCAUUCGCAUAUGAGCAUCGAACCAGGGCCCAAGGUUCCGGACGCUUUCUAAAGGCUUAAUGACAGUGUCACCAAUGGUAAUAGAUUCAAUAGAUGUUUUUUCAAGUUGUUGACGGGUGCCAAUAAUUAGAAAGUCAGUUUUCGCGUCACUGAUCAUUAAACGAUUUGCAAUAAACCAAGAGUGAACAUCAGCGAUGCACUUUUCAAUCACAGAGACAGCGUUAAUUUCCGAAUGGAUAGAACAAGGUCGGAAGGAGAGGUAAAUCUGGGUGUCAUCAGCAUAACCAUGGACGGAAGGGAGGUGCUGAGAAAUAAUGUUAAAGAGGCGGGAGACGUAGAGAGUAAAUAAAAUAGGCCCCAUACAACUGCCUUGGGGGACUCCACAGUUCAGAUUGAAGUCGUCAGAAGUCUUAUCACCGACAAGUAUACUUUUGUUUGCGACCAGACAGAAAUGAGUCGAACCAAUUUAAAGCAGUUCCGACGACUCCAAAAUCUUGUUGCAAAAUAUUUAGAAGAAUGGAAUGUUCAAUGGUAUCAAAAGCAGCACUUAGGUCCAAAAGUACGAGAAGUGUCACUUCCUUAUUAUCUAUACUCAUUAAGAUGUCGUUUUGAACCUUUAAUAGAGCAGUCUGUCGAGUGAUAUUUACGGAAGCCGGACUGGAAUUUAGGAAGAGGGGCAUUUUUCUCACAGUGGACGAGAAGUUGUUGAAGUGCGGCCUUUUCCACUACCUUGGAAAUGAAUGGAAGAUUACUGACUAGACGGAAAUUUUUUUAGACCAAAUCAAGUCCAGGUUUUUUCAAAAGAGGGGUGACAACAGCGGUUCUCCAAUUUUCUGGAACGGAGCCACUGAGAAGAGGAACAUUAACCAUCUCAGUGAUAGAGGGCGCUAAUACAUCAAGACAGGACUUCACUAGCCAUGUAGGAAUAGGAUCCAACCGACAAGAGGCAUUGGAGGAUUCUCGAACAAUCUUACACACUUCUCCUAUGAAUAGCGAAGAAAAAUUCUCCAGAUUCUCCUUUGGAGUAACAGGAGCAAGUCGAGGCUCUUGAACUUGAAACUUGUCAAGAUUUUCCUUUAUGAUUUCAAUUUUUUGAGGAAGAAGGUGCCAAAUUCGUUUGCUAGCUUAGUGGGAUCAUCGUGCUCUGGAAGAGCCGACUCAAGUGGUUCCCUGGACAAAGAAUUAACCACACGAAAUAGCUUGCGAGAGUCACCCGCACAUUGAUCAAUUGGGUUUGAAUAAUAAUUCACACGUGCAGAUUUAGGAAGUGCAGAGUACUGAUUACGAACUUUAUGGUAAUUAUUCCAGUCGCCAAGGAGGUCAGUUUUCAAGGCUUUCUUUUCAAGACGACGACGUUUACGCUUGAGUUGUUUAAUGUCAUCAUUAAACCACGGGAUCUUUGGACGAUUACACUUAGUACUUGCAUGGCUGAGUUCUAGAAAGUUCUACGUCCUCAAGGCGAGUUUCAGUGAAAACUUGCUGCAAAUUACUGACAUAAAUUUCCUUCCAACUAUAACCUAGCCCACUGGAUUUUGAGACGUAGACUUCCCUCCCAGUAUAAGUCUAGCCGAUUUUACAACGCAAAUUUUCCUCCGUACAUAAGCUCCUCAAAAAGGGCCUUUGGAAAAUAUAAGCUCCGUGUGAUAACACAGCGAACCACACGUUCAAGCGGUUACUGAACAGACAUUUUAAUCUAUAUCAAGUGCCUCGAAGGUACAAACGAAACUGAAUAUAUAAUGAGUCUAGCAGCACGUGCAAAUGAAAUUCAACACAGGGCGUGAAAAUUACAAUAUUAUAACACCCUCCCUUUUAUAGAGAAAUAAGAAAACAACUUAACGGAAAAAAAACCAAACAAACAAACGACUACGCACAUAUUAAUGAAAUUCAGUUCUUUGGAAAGAGUUCUUAGGCUUAAGUAAGCACAUAGUCCUGUAGACGCCUGGGCGGCUGACGGACGCGCGUGGACCUUCUCGGUACCUGUAAACGAUUGGGCGACUUAGAUGCGUCCGCCACCGAAGACAACGGACCGCGCGGCUGGUCGAAUGUUUCCACGCGUAUAUCUGGAGGUGCCUGUUCCCGUGUAUCUUCGCGUGUCUCUGUGGGUGACUGCUCGCGCGCCUCUAUGUCGUCGUCAUCUUCAACUUUGAUAGGCGCUUCAUUGGACUUGCGUAGCUCAACACGAUUUCGUCGAAGGAGUCCUUGAGGCAGCUCAGCCUCGUAAGAUCUUUUGUCAAUGCGACUCUUUACGACACCCUUUUCCACUCUUUUCUUCCCGCGCGCCAGGGCUGAACUCGCACGGUAUCUCCGGGCUCUAAGGGCUGGAGGUCUCUUGCGCCUCUGUUAUAGUACUUGGCUUGUUGCUGUUGGCGGCGAUGAAGCUUGGUAUGUGUCACGUCCUCGUCUGAAACAGAUGGCUUUAAUAAUGCAGCAGUCAUCGGGAGGAGACUUCUUGUCCUUCUGCUAAAUAGCCGCUGUGCUGGGAUGGUUUGCAUACUCGCAGGCGGUGUGUUUCUGUGGUCCAGUAAAGCAAGAAACGCGUCUGAACCAGUCUUGCUGCAAUUUAACAGAAUUUUCUUCGCUUGCUUAACGGCGCUCUCAGCUUUUCCAUUCGACUGACUAUGAUACGGACUGCUGGUUCUGUGCUCAAAAUCCCACCCUUUAGAGAAUUUCAGGAAAUGGCGCGAGACGAACUGUGGCCCGUUAUCAGUAACGAGUUGCUCGGGAAUGCCAUGUCUCGCGAAAUGACCUUUAAGCUUCUUGAUGACGUAGACAGAGGAUGUACUUCUCAGAUGGUCGAGCUCGAAGAAAUCGCUAAAAUAGUCCACAGUCACAAGGUAACUUUUUCCAUUUAACUCAAAUAGGUCUGCUGCAACGAACUGCCACGGCCGACUAGGUGCUUCGUGGCUGAUGAGUGUUUCCUUCCUUUGACCCUGUUCGUACUUUCUGCAGGCUUCACAUGUUGACACAUAGUUCUUGAUAUCUCCUGUCAUCCCAGGCCAAUAAAGACACUCACGCGCUCUGUUAAGGCAACCAUUAACUCCAAGGUGCGAAUUGUGAAUAAUUUUUAGGAGACCGCUCCUAGCAGCCUUGGGUACCACUACCCUUUCUCCCUCAAAAAUCAGACCAUCCUGAACGGACAGCUCAUCUCUCAUAUCGAAGUAAGGAGAGGCUAGAAGCGGCAGGGUACUCUUAUUUUCAGGCCGGCCAUGCUGAAUCACUGCCUUUAGAACUUGAAGCGAUUCAUCCUGCUCUGUUUCCCGCUGAAUUUGCAGUAGCCUGGCUUCAGAUAUUGGCAAGUAAUUCAUCAUGUUGAUUGUCUCAAACUCUGACUCAAUCUGCGCACCCGAGGGAAGAUAAGCUCUAGAGAGAGUGUCCGCUAAGAACAUUCUGCUUCCCUUCUCGUACUGUACCACCAAAUCGUACUUUUGCAAACGGAUCAACAUUCCUUGCAACCUCUUAGGAGCGCGAUGAAGUGGUUUCAUGAAAAUUGACUCAAGUGGCUUAUGAUCAGUAUGGACAACAGUUCUUCUACCAAAGGUAAAGUCAUUGAACUUCUCUACUGAAAACACGAUUGCCAACAUCUCCUUUUCAAUCUGCACAUAGUGAGAUUCCGUCUACUAGCGUACUCGAUUGGGUGACCAUUCUGCAUUAAAGCUGCACCUAAACCACUCUGGCUACUAUCACACUGGAUCUCAAGCACUUCAGUGGGCUUGUAGUACGCUAGAACGGGUGCUGAUGCAAUCAAUGUCUUGACAUCAUUCCAAGCCUUCUCUUGCAAAUCAUCCCAACACCAUGCUGCAUCUUUAUGGGUAAGAUCUCGUAGAGGCUUCAUCACAUCAGUUAAGUGGGGUAGAAAACGGCUAAGAUAAUUGACCAUUCCAUUCAGGCGUAAAAUAUCACCUCGGUCCUUUGGGCGUGGCAUCUCGACGAUUGCUCUCACUUUCUCUAGAUCUGGCUUUAGACCCUCUGUGGUUAGCAGGUGCCCAUGAAAUGGAACCUCUUUACACUUGUACUCUAACUUCUCGGCAUUGAGCUUGAUACCUUUCUGCUGACAUAAGCGCAUGAAUCCAUCUAGAUUCCUGUCAUGAUCAGCCUCGCACGUGCCAUGGAUGAGAAUAUCAUCUGCAAUACACUUUACACCCGGGAGACCUUGUAACUCUUCAUGGAAACGUUUCUGAAAAAUUUCAAUCGAAACACUGAGACCAAACGGCAAACGGAGCCAACGAUAUCGCCCAUAUGGCGUAGCAAAUGUCGUGAGCAUACUAGACUCGCGAUCUAACUCCAGAUGCCAAAAAGCAGAGGCUUAAUCAACCUUUGCAAACACACGUGCAUCUGUCAAGUCGGGCAACAAAUCAUCAAUGACGGGAAUUUGAUAACGUUCCCUCUUCAAGACAGUAUUAAGUGGUCGCGGGUCAAUACAAACACGCAGUUCGCCGGACUCUCUUUACAGCUACAACAAUCUGACUAACCCACUCGGUCGGUUGGUCAACAGGAGUGAUUACUUUAAGACGUUCCAACCUUUGGAGCUCUUCUUUGAACUUCUCCCGAAAAGACACAGGGACGUUUCUUGCUGGAAGGAUAACAGGCUUGCAAUCUGGGUCAACUUGCAGGCGAACUUUUCCUGAAAGUGUUCCGAGACCUUUGUUAAAGACAUCCGCGUAAUUAGCUGUGAGAUCAUCAUUUGCAUUCUCCACAAAAUUAAUGAAGUUUUCCUUGUGUACAGUUAACAGCUUCAUUUUCUGCGUUGCAUUUAAGCCAAGCAGAGGGGUCAAAUCCUCUUUCACGACUAGAAACCGGACCUUGUACUUCUCAUUAGUUUUCGGAUUCACAACAGGCAACGCACAGGAACCGACAGGCGUCACUUUAGUUCCAUUCCACAUGACAAGCGUUUGCGAACACGAGUCGAGUUCCUCACCCUCAGCAUACUUCAGAGGUAAAAUAUUUGCACUAGCACCACAAUCAACUUGAAAUUGCACCGGUUGCUGCCUAACCAGCAUUCUCGCAUACACAGCUCUCCCUCUCAAAGCCUGUACUCUUACAACGCUGAUCUCCUCUAACUCCUCUUUGCUCUCAAUAUUAUGGACAGGAACUUUCUUACACUUCUUGGCAAAAUGAUUCUUUUCCUUGCAUCGCUUGCACUUCUUUCUCGAUGCGGGGCACAUCUUCCUAUCAGGUUGAUGGUCAUAGCCACAAAAUUUGCAGGAAAUUUUCUUUGCCGACCGCCCGUCCACCGGCGUUGGAGCUCGAGGCUUUUUAGAACUUGACUUUACUUGAUUAAUGUUAUCCACCGGCCCAGAUAACGACUUCAUUUGCAACUCAGCAACUUCCUCGCUGCGACACACGUCGAUGCAACGAUUCAGAGUAAGAUCUCUCAUUCUCAGCAACUUCUUGGUCGUCUGCUCGUUUUUAAUUCCAAGCACAAUACGAUCACGGAUUAAACUAUCCCGCAAACAAUCGCAAAAAUUACAUGUUUUGGCCAAAUUCCUCAACUCGGCAACAACACUAUCAACCGACUCCGUUGGAAGCUUGUGUCGCAUAUUAAAACAGUAUCGUUCGUAAAUCUCGUUGACUUCGCCGAUGCAGUGCUUCUCCAUUUUUGCCAUUACAACGCGCCAAUCACUCGAGUUCUCCCCCUCGGUGUAGUUGAAUGUUUUGAUGACUUUCAACGCAUGAUCUCCGAUCGUAUGUUUGAACAUCGCCAACUGAAACUCCGGGGUUUCUCGAUCCAAACGAGAAAUGACAAAAUAAUUGUUAUAUUUCUUCUUCCAAAGCUUCCAGUUUUCGGCAAUUUCUCCACUAUGUUUCAAGUCAAGGUACUUCGGCGGAGUAAUCUGAUGAAAAGUCGACGAUGGCGGCGCUACCGCACCAGACUGUCCAUUGGAGGUAUCACCACCGGGCACGCUGUAUAACGUAGACGGUUAAAAACGAAGCAGAAGCGGCCACCGCUGCCACCAUGUGAUAACACAGCGAACCACACGUUCAAGCGGUUACUGAACAGACAUUUUAAUCUCUAUCAAGUGCCUCGAAGGUACAAACGAAACUGAAUAUAUAAUGAGUCUAGCAGCACGUGCAAAUGAAAUUCAACACAGGGCGUGAAAAUUACAAUAUUAUAACACCCCGGGGCCUAUUUUCGUAAUUUUACGGUAUAUUAAUCUAACUAGUAAUAACCAAAUGUUACGGAGUGCGGGCGACAACGAUCGAAGGUCAAAACGCUUUUGCUGUGCUUUGCGUAAGUUUCACGUGAAAGCUGGUCAAAACAGCGUGAUCAGAUUACGAGUGAUAGAAGGUCCAUACGCGCGUCACCAAAUUGCGUUCUGGGCAUUUCAUUCAUUCUUUGUGAGAGUCCAAAUGAAUGCUGGUUACCUACAUGUGACGCAUGCGUAAUAACAACCUGGAGAUCAGUAUUGCGCGCUCCUCUUGUAGCCCGUAAUAAUAGGAAUAGAACACAAUCACUGCCAUUAACUAUUAGGAGGUGGCGCUGGCCAGAGCUAUAAGGGGAGUGGGGUUGUGGACUAUCUUUUAGAGGCAAUUUUUUGAGGAAGGGUAUUAUUUUGUUUAGGCUACUGUGCUUAUGUGUCCUUGAACCUGGCUUAAGUAAAUGAUCGCCAACCUUGUUCGUUUGGUCCACGAUUCCUUAGAAUAAAAUUUUGUCCAAACAACGUAAUAUGUUAGCUUUGGAACUUUUUGUAAUAUACAAUCUUCGUUCACUAUCUAAAAUCCGUGCGCAUUAUUGGUUAAAAUUGGUCACCGUUACCUAACGACAUCAAAGUGACAGAGUGCGUUUUUGACAAUAUAUAACGCAUAAAAACUGUGCAGUGUUCAACAUGGCUUCGACUUUGAGAUUUUCCGAGGUUGAAGAGGACAAAAUUGGUAUAAUUAUCGACAGUGCCGUACCAGCAAAUACAAAGCGGCAAACCAACUGGAGUGUCUCAGUUUGCAAUGGUUAGUUAAGCAAAAAGAAUGUGUUUUUUGGCAAUUUUCUCUGCUUUAUAUGUCGUUGUUUGAUUUUUAAUUUCGACUGCAGUGCAGCUUUGUCAGUUUUGUGUGGUUGGUUUUUUUUGGUAAACGUUGAAGGAAUAUAUAUACGCUUAUAAAUGAGUGUUUUCUCCUUUUAACACAGAAUGGUUGCAGCUCAAAUAUCCUAGUGAGGAUUUGGAAAGGUUGAAUAAAGAAAUACUUCCAGAAAGGCUAACUAAGUUCUAACAAGAAUGCAAAGCCAUUGCAAAAACAUUGUACGCAGUGAACUCAGAUUGGAUAUUAAAAGAAUUAGAGACUGUUUCGUUAGUGUUUUAUUUACAAAUACACGCACUUGCUUCCCGUACAAUGAACUCGAAAUUUUCAAUACUGCUCUCAGCUCCACUUCGUGCAGUAUUGAACAUUUCGAGUUCAUUGUACGGUAAACACGUGUGUGAAUUUGUUAACACAAAACUCAAAAUAGUCUUUAACCCAAAAAUAUCGUGUGAAGAUUUAUGUCUUGUCACUAUAGUUUGGGGAACACUUGCGGCGAUGUAUAAUUGCAAGAGAGGAUACUACCCACUUUUACCGUUUGGUAAUUGAAAUUAUCUUACAGUCGGACCGAAGAAAAGAGUUAAUCAGGGUGGUAGUGGUCGAGACGAUGAAGAGACCAUAAAAAAUAUUGUACAAAUUCUACAUGAAAUUAACAUAUUCAACAAAACGUUUUUUUACCUUUUGGUCUCUAGCAAACAAGUGAGAUACGUGUGUAAUCUAAUAACAGGGAAUUAUGAUGUAUCUUCUUUACUAAAUUUAUAUAAAUAUUUCUAAAAUGUCAUUUUCCAUAUUUUCAGACAUUUUCACCAAUAAUGCCUCAAACAGUGCUAAGUUCUACGUUAAGGACGUUUACAACGGACUUAACAUGUUUUUAGACUAUAACUAAAGGUCUUUUUAGAAAGUACGGUAAGUAAGUACAACGGAGAGCCAGGUUCGUUUCCUUCUUUGACCUUGCAAACAAAUCUUUCAGGCAAAGGACAGUUCCCAAACAUGCAACAAAAAAGCGCUCAGGACAUGGACGGAAAGCAGCAGACCUUUGCUGAGGAAUUAGCAAACAAGGAAGAAGUUAGCAGAUCUCUUCAGGAAUUUCCGGCUUAUCUGCAGAAUAUAAGCUUAAUUCAAGACUCAGGACCAACUGAGGAAAAUGCUAAUUCGCUACGAGUAGCAGUGGAGUGUGAGAAUACGGAAAUCCUUGAGCAGCUAUGGCUGGACUACCGUUCUGGUCAUUUGAAUAUAGUUGCCGAGAAAUGCCUGCUGACAGACGAUAUAAAGAGGAGAUUUCACCUGACGUCUGUGAAGUUACGGACAACUAUUUUGGAAGAAGACUACCUGGCGUGCAAAAACUUUCUUUUGAUUAAUACAGGUGGGUUGAGAAAUGCUACAGAGAAACGUGUGUGAUACAAAUUAACGAUAAAUAAGUUUAAAAUAUUUUACUAGGCUCGUAAUUUUUGCAAAAGCACUCAAUUUGAUAAUGCCGUUAACAAUGAUUAGUGUUAGCAAGAGUGACUAUAAUUCUUUUUUUUUUUCCAUGGCAACUUCUUCACUUUUUAGUAUUGUUUUGAGGCUGGAUUCUUUCUCUUUUAGUUUUUUUAUAUACUGAACUGUUAAAAAAAAAAAAAAAAAAACAAUGCAAUGUUAAUGGCCUAAAACAUAUAUGAUAUCAGUAUUAUACGUUAAACCUAAGCUUUUAGCAAACUGGUAGAGAACCUAUUAGAAUCAUGUACAAUUGUUUUCCAUAAAACGUAAUAUAAUGACUUUGGCUUUUCUUCGGGUAUUUUUGCUGUGGAGUAGGGUUAAGUUUACAAUAAUGUCAUUUGAAAUAGAGAUCUUGGUGUCAUUUCCUUUUGCCCGAUGUUGGUUCUUUUUUAUCUUUCUUCCUACUAAGCUGCCGAUGAAACAAGGAAGAAAGAGAAAGCGCAGAUUCAACCUGGACAGGAAAGCGGAAUCCGGCUUAUAAACAGUCUUAUCCAGUCUUCUGAGAGAGAAACUAGAACUCAAACCCUUCAAAACGUUCAUGCUUACGUUGCUGACGAGAAAAGCAAUGCUGUGGGUGACACCGCUUUUCAGUCAAUCGAGCGAAAGAAAUCGACUUUGACCAAUGAUAAAUCUCCUGUGUCUUCGUCUAGGACACAGCCAGCUGACGAAAACAUGUUUCAGGUUGCUGAUGAAACUCGGUGGGAUUACGUAAGUACGGAAGCUUUUGAAGAAACUCAGAACAAGUCUGCUGACGGAAAAAGGACGCAGCCUAUUGAUGAAAACCAAAGCCAAUCUGCUGAGGAACAGAAUAUUCAGGAUGUCGGAGAGAUUCAGAACCAGACUGAUAAAGGACAAAGGACUCAAGCUAUUGAUGAAACCCAUAACCAGUCCUCUGAGGGACAGCAUACUCAGAAUGUCGGAAAAAUUCAGAACCAAUCUGCUGAGAGACAAAUAAUUCUCUUCGGUCAGGGCCAGUAUGCAGAGGGAGAGGGGCAAAGAAGUCCAGCGGGUGAAGGAGAUCACGACGAAUGCCUUGAAGAAGUAAGAGCCCAGGUUUCAAAGGAGUCUUCUAAGGAAAGCGGUCCUUGGCACCCUGAUGUCAACGAAACAAGGAAUGACUUUGCCGUCUGCAGACCUCUCUACACAGAAUCCACUUCUGAAGAUUAUAAUUAUAAAGGUAGUUGUUCCUGGUUGGUUUCUUUUGUAUAUUGUUAAAGUGAUUAAUCAAUUUUAAUCAAUUUUACUUUGUUUUAGAAGGAAAACAUGACGACUAUGAAAGAAAAAAUGGUGAGGACAAUGAUAUUUUUGUGUGUACAAAUAAUUCUUGUAUAGCUUAUAGUUAGUAAAACACAGUGUUGGCUCAAACUAAAUUUUGAAAAAAGUUUUUAGCUAAAAUCUCGACAAAUUCACUUGGCUCAGACUUCAAAUAUUUUUGCAAACAUUUUUCAUCGAAGUUUUUCCGUUUCGGUUAAUAUUUUAAGCGAGAAGAUUUUCCAUGUUUACGCCAUUCUGUUAAACAGGAACUGGGUACGCUCACAUAACUUCGUGUACAUCACUUUGCAAUCGGUAAGAGUUUCUCUUUUAAACAGGGUGCAAAACAAAGAAUUUUCCUUUUUUGACAGGACCUAAUUUGUUUCAUCAAAGCAAUAUAGAACUUUUUGCUGUUUUUGCAUAGCCUUGUAUAAACGCUCGAGAGGUUAGGAGAAUUCUCGAAAGUUGUGGAAGCCCUCGACUUCGUCUGGGAUUUGCGUAACUGUCUCGAAUUCUCCGAACAGCCUCUCGUGUUUAUAUCAGGCUAUGUAAACGCUUAAAACGUUUUCUAUUACUUAAAUGGGUGGUAUAUUAAUGGCAUUAAUAUUUAGAAAGAUAGUUGAUAUACCGUGCCUUUCAUUAGGUCAUCGUUUGACGACUAGAUUUUGUAGUGAGGGGUGAUAGUCGAGCAAGCAUACAAAUGAACAGCCUUUUUUUCAAAACACUAUAACUGGUACAAAUACUUGAGCCUUUAUUUGUCGUAUUUUUGUCAUUAGAACGAUACCAAGAAAAAAUCUGUAGUUUAGAGAUUUUUCUCUGGUAUCUGCAGAGCAGCUUUGGGACAAACGAAAUACAUGUAGCUGUGAAAACGAUGGGAGGAGAAAACGUUAUAAAGCAAAAACUUUUUUUCGAUUCAUAAAUGUAUGCCAGAAUGAAGCGGAGCUGUAGCAUGUCCCCUAGCCUGCGCGCAGACGAAAUUAAACUCUGGUUAACUCCGUCUGCGAAACAGCGCCGAAAUCCUUGUUCUGGACUUCCAGCUGUGUACCCAGAUUUGAGUACGCACCACGAUUGGCCAGUUAAAAAAGACCUUUGUUUUGUUUGUCGCAAGAGUGGUAAUAGCCAAUCAGGUUGAGGGGAAAUUCGAAACGCACUUCCGGUAAUUCGUUGAGUCGGUUGGGGGUCCAGAACAAGGAUCUCUGCGCUGCUUCGCAGACGGUACUAAUCAGAGUUUAGUUAUCGUCUGCACGCAGGCUACAUGUCCCCAAGUUGUUUAAAACAUUCAACUGACCAACAAUUAUACCACAGGUUAUUUGUUCUUAGUAUAAUUACAUUGAUGAUUAUCGAAAAUUGAGCGCUAUGAUUGGCUAGUGGCUUCGCUUCAUCCCGCUAUAAUCACAGCGCGGUGAUUAUAACAAGGCUAGCAGCUUUCAAAAUGGUAGCCAGAUUUGGUGAUGUUUCGGAGUCGGAAAUUGAACAACUUAAAGAAAAUGCUGUUCCUCAAAAAACAAAUAUGCUACAAAAUUUGGAGUCAAGCUAUUCAAAGGUAGGUUGAUAUAUUUCUCUUUUGCAAGUAACACAAUUUACUGAAAAAUGGAUGUUUGUUAACUUUUGCAAAAUAUUUUGUUCUACAGAAUGGUUUCAACAGCAGCAGAGUUCACAAAUAAAAUAGAAAACAUGGAAGUCGGUGAAUUAAAUAAACGUCUCGCAAAAUUUUACGUUUCCGUGAGAAAGAUGAAACUGACAGCAGCUAUUAUAAGAAAACCCGCUUGUUGUCGAUCAGAGCCGCCCUCGACCGACAUCUUAAAGCCCCAAAAUCUUUCAAAAAUACGUCUCUUUUUUAUUUUACUUUGUCGAAUAAUCAUCAUUGUAAUUGUACUAAAACAAUUAGUCGCCUCAGGCGACGUGAAUAUCGGCGAACAGUCACCGAGACGUCACCUGAGGCGUCGUGGACUAAUUUUUAAUUAGUAAAACUGUUUUGAAACACAUUUUGCUGAUUAAAAUAGUUUCUUACUCUUGCAGAUACCGGUAGGCACCUCCGUCCCAAUGUUUUCUAUGAGGCUAUGUCGCCGGCCCCACAUUCAGUAAAAGCCAAAUCUCAACAUAAGUGAGUAUGGAAUUUCGUUAGUUAUGUUCUACCAGAGAGCGAGAGAGAGAGAGAGAGAGAGAGAGAGAGAGAGAGAGAGAAAUCAUUUUGAUCCAUAAAAAGCCUAAAAAAAUGUAAGUUUAAGUAUAAACACUUUGCAUAUAGCUUGGUCGAGACCAGUAGUCAAGUCUAUGAAAUGAAUGUUUUAUUGUUUAAAACUCAUUGUCUCGUCUAAAUUCCCUACAGACCACCAUACCCGUGCGUGACAAUAACAACCACACACCAUAUGCUAUCGCGUGCUCACUGGAGGCCGCGCUUUUAUUCAACAAGUACAAAGGUGCAAACAGUGAUAGUAGCUUAUGAAAUAAAAAAAGCAAAACUAAACCUGGGAGAGAACCAACGACCAUCCACAGCAAGAAAAAACCUCACCGCGCUUGCUGCGGAAAAAACUGAGGAGAAACCCUGGCCCUGUGAAUAGAAUCCUCCCGACCUGCCGGGCACAGUAAAAAACAAAAAAACAAUAACUUUUACAAUAAAGCAUAAAUCAGAUUCCUAUAGACUUCGUGACUGAUAGGCAAGAAUUGAAAUCGUCCUCAACGUAGCUAUCUGUGACGUUGUCGGUUGCCCAACGGCCAUGCCGCUUAAAAAGUCUAUCAGCGGCACCGGCAUAGCCGCAGAAGUGGCUCCUCCAGCCCUAAGGCUAUUAGCACUAAUCUUCGAACCGUCCGUAAAAUAUCUAAAGGCGUCCUUAAUGAGUUCUCUAGCCCUUGUAUAGCUAAUCCCUUGGUUUCGUUCUUUUUCUUCUUUUGACCGAGGAGUAGCAAGCCCGGGGGGGGCACUUUGGUAUUUUUUGGGUGGAUAUGUGCCGCCCGGGACUCCAAAUUGGCACCCCGUUCUAAAAAAAAAAUCCCCUAAAAUUGAUACCCCGUUCUAGAAAUAGGCCAAUUUUUUAUAUCCCGUUCUAGAAUUCGCCCUAAAACUGAUACCCCGCUCUAGAAAUGGGCCAACUUUUCAUACUCCGUUCUAGAAAGUUUAUAAAUUGAAAUAGCCCUGUUUUUUAAAAAAAAUAUUUCUUUAUUUGUUCGACUUAUACAUUAAGUAAAUGCUUCUUCAUAAUCAGCAACAAUUUUAAGCGGAAGACAAAGCCGUGAUCCACAAUUUUUUAUACCCCGUUCUAGAAAGCGCCUCUGAAACGGAUACCCCGUUCUAAAUCAGGAGCUUCAAAAUCACGACCCCGUUGGGCGGCACAUACCCGUAUAGGUAAUGUAUGGGAGUCCCCCAAGGGCCCUGUACAGCGGUAAAUCCUUAGUCUGCUACACAGCCGUUUUUACUGUCGUCACGCAACGCUCCUCAAUAAACGGCUGUGUAGCAGACUAGUAAAUCCUCGGAGAGUUUGAUUUGAGCCGCCGAGAUGUAGACCUCCAAGGCCUUGACGGUACAAAUUGCCAGUCUACGAUCCAUGCCCCGUCUCGAAAAUGGGCACACGUUGAAGAUUCUAGGAAAAAAGGACACAUAAGAUGGGAAAAACUUAACAUCGCAGGCUUUAUAUGAUAUAACUCGCUAAAGCGCCAAAAACUCCGCGUAAUCAAUAUAGCACGAGGCAACAGAUGUAAGAUCCGAAGGGGAGACUUAUGGGUGAUCUUCGAUUCCACGAGCGCUUUUGACAUCUCAGAAGUCACAGGGUCUUUUUUGACCUUUGGCUUCCAAAAUCUGGUAUUGAAACGCGUAAGUUUAGCGUUGAGCAGAUGAUUCGCGAAACGAUCAGUCGAAUGAGGACCCCAAGUUGCGUCAAUUCGGUGGAAAGAAAAAAUCGUCCGCGUCAUAAAUGCGACUAAGAAAAUCUGCCCCAUCAUUCUGAGAUCUCGGAAUCCAUUGCAUGUCAAUCGAAAUGUCAUCACUACAACAGAUGCAUAAGUCCUUACUUCUCCCAGACGAAAUAAUCUGAGGAUAACAUUUUGAUUGUGGAGCUAGAAUGUAUUUGAUCUACGGACCAAACAUCGAAAACUAAAUCUACGCCACACUGGACACAAAACCAGGGCCCCUUGCGUCGAAAUAAACGAGACCAACGGCGCUGGACUUAGGUGACAUAACCCUCCCACGAGCUCAGCGAGCUCACCACGAAUCUCAAAGGAAAUAUUCAGUGGUUGAGCCCAGGAGGUUCUACGCUCAAUAGCAGCAUAGCAGUUUCUUGUAAACAAUCUAGCAACAUUCCCUACUGCACAUGUCAAAGAAAUAAUUUGCCCCGUAAACGAAGCAAGGUCCGUCUGGCUACAAUCUGGGCAUUCUGAAGACAGGAAACGAGGGAUGAUUUAAGCUUAAGGAUGCGACCUUCCGGAAUAAAGAUCAAACCUUUCUCAAAAUCCAUAACGGUUUCUCGGAAAACUUACUUCUGUGUAGGCUCCCAAACCGAUAUAUCAUCGCUAGGUGUGAAACCUAUUAAGGGUUUCGGUGCAAUUUAAAGACGUACCGCCUUCAAUACCCGCGGCGUCAUCGGAUAUGGCGACGACCUCUCCAAAAUUUAACCAACUGACAUAAAAAAACUUCGGUGAAGACAUAUGGCGUAGAACACAAACCAAAAAGGCAAAACCUAAAAUUCGUAAAGAAGUUUCCAGAAUAUAGACCUUGCGGGACGAAAACUGAUAACUAGCAGAGGGAGAAAAAAGCCCGAUGGAACCCUAAACCUGGAAUUAUUGUCGAAGGUGCAGAAGUCGAAAAUUUGGCGCUUGACCUUCUCUUCUUGUCUUGCAAAGAUUUAGACUUAGCUGCAGUUAUUCUCUCAGCCUUUUUCAUUUUUGUGGCGUCUGCUUCAUCAUCAGCCAAAUCAUCACAAACGUAUUCUUGAACAGAGGCGCAACCAAAUCAAGAUUUGUCCGCUAGUUUGAUCAUUUUCUAUCUGUUAGUCAGUAACAAAAUACCUUCAUUCAGUUUCUCCUUCGCUUUGCGAAUGUUUCCAAUCUCUAAAGUUUUACCGUAACAUUAGUGGUCCUGAUUACCUUCCGGUUGAAGUAAACUGUUGUUCAUUGACCUCUCUUCUUGAAGACGUAGUUUUCUGGUUGAACCUCCGAGACUAAUUUGCGACGCGAAGUCAGACUGAGCUUUAAGCAAGUUUCUUUGAAAUUCUAAAUUUGUGUGAUCAACGGCGGACAAAAUAGCGGUUUUCUGUGCUUCCAAAAUGGCAUGCAAACCGAGCAAAUCAGAAGUAAAAAGAAACGUAAGCGUCAGUGGCUCCAGAGAGAACACCAAGAGGUAUACAUUUGCAUUCAUCACUUCUUAAAUACUCUUAACAAAUCCCUAGGUAAUUCAUAACGACGAGAGCAUAUUUUUCCGCUAAUUUUUCAAAAACGCGGAAAAAUCUUAUUCACUUAAUUUUUAACGUUAGGAGUUUUGGAACUUUCCCGGAACUCGGAAGUGGCUUAUUCACCUGUUUCAACCUCCUGACAAUAAAACUGGCCAAAUUUUGGCUCAGCAAGUAUAGACCGGUUUAUUUGGUACCGCAGUAAACUGACAACUAAUGUUCAUAUUUUUGGCAAACGUAAAAGUGACCAAAACAAACAAGCUCCAAAAGUAAGGCAAAGAUAUUGGCUGUUAACAUAACUUGAGCUUCCAAAAAGGGCAAGGGAAGUAACUCCCAAACAUACUUUUCAAAAAAUUAAGAAACUCGCGGAAUCUAAGCAGCCGAAAAUUUAUUUUUACGCGAAUGUGAAAGGUUAACUUUACAAUUCAAGCCAGCCGAAGCUAUUUUUGAAUUGAAGCUCAAUAUAAAGAAGAUUAAUUUAAACAGAAUAUUUAACUCCUGAGUUAAUACCAAAUGCCUGCCAGGUAAGUUAACCAGGAAACACCCUUUAGAGCUAGGUAGGUACUACUAUGUGGUCUAGUAUGGGGGUGUGUCAGUUGGUUAACUAUGUGUAGUAAUGACUACACAAAAGGCAUUCUUAACACUGGUUUCCACAUAAUCGUCCAGAUUUUCUCAAGUGAUCAAAAUUCAAGCAUUCGAUACAAUGUAAACACUUGUGUUCAAUUGCCUGGCUACAACUGAAGUCCAUAUAUUGCGAGUGCCAGCAUGAUUUCUAUAAAAUCGUCCCGAUUUUCUCGAUUAUCCCAAUCGUCGUGAAAAAUUGAGGCGAUCGAGACUACCCGGACGAUUACAUGGAAACCAUGGACCAGAUUCACCAAGCCUUCUUAAUCUGAGAUAUAAAUCUCAACUAUUGUCUGCACAACAAGAGGGCAUUGCUAAGAAACAAUAACUAUGGGACAUCGUCAAAUGAAUUUGUUAAUCUGGCCCUGGAGUUAAGAAGACGUGUCAGUCUAAUGAAUAAGUUGACAAAUGGAGCUAUCCUACAAUGAUGAGUUACCGCAAUUUCAAAAUAAAGAUUUACCUCUCAUUCAAAAAAUUGUAAAAUACGAAUAUCCAAGAUAGACUUAACGAACUGUUUUUACGUUAGAUGUAUUCUUCCGUCCAGGGAGUGACGUCUUAUCUGGGUUGAGCUUUUUGUUUGUUAUUGUUGUUGUUUCGAGAUAUUUUUCUCCUGGAACUCCGCUUUUCCCCGCUCCUCAAAAAGAAACUCUACCGAAUUCUAUUUCGAUCCGGAAUGGCAGACAAAAACCCCACUUUGUGGAUGUACAGUUCUUUUACUACUUUAGGAUUCCCCAAUUGCAUUGCUGGUUCCCAGGUUCCUCCUUGUCGUACCCUCAUACCAUCUCCAGGUUUAAUGGUUCAAGGGACCUGCAGCUUCGAUCAAUAAACUUCUUCUGAAGUUGCUGUUUUUCUUCAAGCACUCUGUGAACUUCACUUUGGUCGUAGGCCAUUGGCUUUAGCAAGUUGGUGCCUAUUGUGCAGCUGAGUUGGUGAAAGCCCAACUCCAGGAUUUUGAGUAUUUCAUAACUCUAGAAUCGCUAAAUAGGGAUCUUUGUUCUCCUUAUAUACUUUUUUGACGAGCUUCUUGACUGUUUGUAAAGUACGUUUCACCAAGCCAUUGGUCUGAAAAAAAAUUGGUGAUGAAGUAACAUGCCGGAAUUGAUACUGUUUGGCAAACUGUUGAAAAUUCCAUAGUGCUAAAUUCUGGGCCAUUAUCUGAAUGGAGAACCUCCGGUAUUCCAUGUCUUGCCAUAUGCUGUUUUAGAAAGUUGAUGACGAAGGCAUUUGAGCUGUCUUUGAGCUGUGUCAGUUCAAACGGAACUUUAAUUAAUAAUUCAAGAGUACAACAAAUUUCCCUUGAGCAAGGUCAAACAUUUCUACGGCUAACACCUGCCAAGGUCGAUCAGGAACUGGAUGAGGUAGCAAGGAAUCCUUGAUUAAACCAGUAAAUUCAUACAAGCGGGUUUUUACUUUAAGUCUCUCUCGUUUCACCGACACCUAUUACUUGGAGAAGAAAGCCAAAUAAAUCAAGAGUUACAUGCAAAUUAUCCAGAUGAGCAUCCAAGUUGCUUAGGUUGACGUGAAACUAGGAGAAAUAAGAUUUACUUCAAGGCAUCGUCAUUUUCUCAAAGUCAUAAUAAUAAACGGCCUCAUGCUACAGAAAUUGAAAACCUAUGGAAGGAAUUUAUGGGAUGGCUUUGUGCUGUUCAUAAAGCUAUAUAAUAAGGAGGCAUCAACAGAGGAAAACCAAGAAGUAAUGCAUAUUAUACAAUACCAUGUAUCACUCAACUUUAUUGCAAAAGACAGUUAUUAUUUGAGGUUAAACCUUUAUAAUUGCACUCUGUCCAUAACGCGUAACCUUAUGAUUUCUGUUCACUGGUCUAGAACAGAUGCUACAUGGGCUUUUGGGGUUGUUAGUAUUAGAGAUAAAAGUGAAAGGCUUGAAGCCAGGAGUCAUUUCACAAGUAGGUGGAGCAUGGUGAUCCCUCUGAGCAUAGCCCUGAAUAGGACCGUUUUUGUAGGUGACUGACAUUUCGACGACCUGUGCAGUAGUCGUCUUUAGAGUCAAAGUGAGUGGUAUCACGUCAGUUGAUGGUAUUAAACUCUGGUUGUUGAGCUGAUGGGUCAAUUGAGUGGUGAUGUUAUUAGUCGUCUGUUAGUUAGGCUGUGAUGUUAUUGGCUAUUAAGACUCUAACUGUCAUUGGUGCGUUUCAAUCCGUCUUUUGUCACAAGUAUAAACAGUCGUAUAUUGUUAGUCAAAUUGUCGGUCAUCCAGUCAUUCUGUCGUUGACAGUUUUGCUUGAUUCCGCCAAUUAGUCGAUUGUAAGGUGCUGGUAAUUGUUGACUACGCUCACACGGACGAUCAGUUUCCACCUACUCUGACUCAUUUAGCGUUCCGCUCAUUUAUGAGAUGAUUAUUCGGUUGAAGAACUGAAACUAAGAGGUCUGCCUUUAAUGAACAAUGAAUUUUUCGUAGUCGAAAUAAGCAAUCUUGCCCUCCUUCUUUGCUUGUGUUAAUUGAAACCAACUUUAUCCAACCAAAUAACCAGUGUCUGAUUAAAGACGAUUGAAAAAUUUAACGCCAAGGUAGACAGCUCCAGGGGUCAUUGAAUGAACAAAUUUAAACCUGAUUUGAAAACCCUAUGUUUUAUCGCCGGCAGUGUUAAUCUUAGUUUGCAUCCCUUUCUUGUCUUUCGAUCAUAUUAUUCAGAGACGAUUUGGAAGAGUUGGUGAAGAGGAAAGUUCUCGUUCCACCCGUUGACAAAGAUGUACCUUUUCGUGAAUUCGUGAGGUAAGCCAUGUUUGAUGUACAAUGAAAGCCCCUUAUUUAAUUGUGUGAUAGUCGUGAACUGCGAGAUGCAAACUCAUCACGCUUAAUAUGAUCUUAGUCGAUACUAGGUCAAAACUUCCAAGUGACUAUUAAAGGAACAGUAUCCAGAUACUGCGCAUGCACCAAACUUUGAUUUUUGGACAGGAUGUCGCGAAAUCAAAAGAUGCGAGGAGAGUAAGAGAACCUUGAAAAAUCCGUUUCCAUCGCGCUUGGUCGGGUUCAAUACGACAAUUAAACUUCUCAGGAUUACAGAUCAGUGAUAUAUUGUUCCGGUUAAGUUUCGAUUUGGGCAAAAUCUGGAUUUUAUGGCGUUACUUUUAUUGCCGUUGGCCGGAGGACCAAAAGAUUGGAAGGACUUUGAUGCCGAUGGAAGGCUUAUUUCUUCUGCUAGCUUCCAUACAAGCUCAGAUAAUUGUGAAAGGAAUACGCAGAAAUGAAACAGCAACUAUAGAGACUGUAAGAAAGAAACCAUUGAUACAUGGAUGUGACUGAGGAGAUCUUGUGGAGGGGAGCUUCGCGAAGCAGAAUGUUUUGCAACGACGCGUUAGUAAACUUUUAAAUGAAUCUCCCUACGGCCGACAAAAUCAAACAAACAGGCGCUACAUGCAUGUUUAGAAAAACUAGUGCCCUGAAAUCAUAAUAUAAUUUUUACUAACCUUUGUGAUGAUUCAUAGCGUUGAGAUGGCUAGAACGCGAGCAAAUCAGGCAGAUAUUACUGGACUUGGCACAAUUGACCUCUGACACGAGUUUCAAAUUUGAAAAUAUAUUUUUAAAGCGAGCGAAACGAGAUUUUCGGGUUGCGAGGCGGCCUAGCUAGCGAUAAAAUCGCGAUGAGUCUUCGAACCGCCUGCCAAAUAUUUAUAUAAGACGAAAGACUUCUUCGAUCGCAAAAGUCUAAAAUAUUACUUGAGAAUAUAAACAACAAAACCCCGUCGGCGGUGCGGUCCGGAAGGAAAUCUUGUCGAGUCAAUAUGACAGUUCUAUUGUCUUUUGAAGAAAAAACAGAUGACGCUCGCGCGUGCGCAUAAUCGGGACACUGUCCCUUUAAAGGAACUUUUUAAUACUUGACCGCCGUCAAACGUAAGAGCAUGCGCAAUGCACUCUACCCGGUCCUAGCCGCGGAAAUAUCCCGCGCGAAAUUUUGAUUGAAACCAAUGCAGAAACCGCUGUCAGGCAAAAUAUAGUUGAACGAUCGUCAGAAAUAUGCUAAAGUGAAGCGAAAUACUUUAAAGAGAAGAUUUUGUUUAACAGUUGAUAGUUAGAUAAAUUUUCAUUAUUCUCCGAGUUCACUAAAUUUUUUUUGACCUUCACUAAAAAAGUUAUUUCUUGGAUGGAUAGAUUACCAGAUUUUCUUACCCAUGGUGCCCCGCUGCGGGCGCGAGAGGGCUCCGCUAAAAUAACAUUGAGACCAUAGAUGUUCACGCAUCUUUUUGAGCUUGAUUAUAUUUACUGAACUCAUGUGAUGUGGUCAUUGAACGAUAAAGGGGAAUUCCACACUGUGACACAUAAGACUGUGUGUUGACCAAUAAUUUUAUUUUAUGAACGAGAUUUCAAAUAGUUAUUCAUUAUCGACACUGUAUCGAUACAUGUUGUUUGUUGUUAAUAAAGACUUAAAUCCUGAGCGAGAUAAUGUAUUUGAUGUGAAAAGAUAAGAACACGCUUAAAAUUAAGGUCGUCAGUCAUAAAAGAGCAGUUUCAGCGAAAAAAAAACAACCAAACAAUUUACUCAAUGAAGUAUUUUGCAGAACGAACCAGAACCCAAAAGAUAUGGUUUGUAUUCAACAAAAACACCAACUAUUAAAAUUCCGUUCAAGCCAGUGUUAGUAUAAAAGUAUUACAGAAAGCUUAAACUAUUUAAACUUGAGCUUAUUCUUUCAGCGGCCAUGAUUCCGCGCUGUCCUUGAUAAACAGGCAAGAGCAAAGUAAUUCUGAUACGAGCAGUUGGAGAAUACUAUAAUCGACAAAGGGAAGUUUACUCAUACUUACGUUUCAUGUUCUACGUUCCUCUUAUUCCUCCUAUUUAUCGCCAGUGAACUUCCUUGAAAUUCAACGAAAAUUUCCCUUUCCUUGCCCGCAAGAAGACGUAGCCACUCGUAGCUUUUUGUAGAUCGAACGAAACGAUCCCCACGCAAUUCUUCGCGCGUGCUCAGACGUUUGACCUCGGUGUCUUUUUAACACACUAUAAGUCGAGCUAAGCCGGAUUAGCCCCCAAUCAAGCUCUGCAAAUUUUGCCGUCGGUCAGUCGCAGUUGUGCGAAAUUAUCCCAGAUGUUGUUUUCGAUGGAAACCAUGUGAUCACACCAGAGUAUCUGGGCAUAUGCAACGCGCGGUAAAUUUACCCCGCGUAUGAUUAACGGGAAAUCAAACUCGGUGCUAACGUCUUACUGGCACGAUUUUUUUAAAGGUCCUUCGGUGUGGUUAAAAAAAUAACCCGUUAUUAAUACUUGCAAUCUUUCAACCCCGCCAUACCGGCCGAGUGCACAUUCUCAAGGUUACUGAAUGGUCGUUAAGAACGUGCACGAAAACUUGGCAGGCAAACGACGUGUUACAGCGGUUAAUGGUCUUCUACACUCAGUUUAGUGCUGUGUUUUCUUAUUGUCACUUUUAGUAAAACAAUGGUUCCACCAGAGACAGUUACCGUAAAGUUCCGAAAUUAACGACACCGCGAAAGUAGCGAUCCUUCGGAAAAUAACGACCCUCCGAAAGUAGUGACCUCGAAAGUAAUUUUCCUUUUCUCAAAGAAAUAACGGAAAUGACAGAUAUAGAUAACAAGCCAUACCAAACUGAUCCGAGAUUUAUUUCCAACGAUUAAAAUGAUCUUUCACAUUCCUAUCCAAAGGACAAUAUAGAACCUCAAGAGAACAUUACAUUUUUUUCGAAAAAUACUCCUUUCGUCUCUAAAAUACCUACACUAGUCAAACAAAUCUUUUGAAAUGUUAUUCAAAACAAUAACUUGAAAUAGCUUUCUCCAAAUUAAAAGUGUGGAUGUUUUCACAUUUGUCGCGACAUCAUUACCUUAACGUCGAAAGGCCCAUGUACGGCAUGUGUUUUAGCUACCCGAAAGUAGGGACCCUCCGAAAGUAGCGAUCGGAGAAGGCUGCUAAUUUUAGUUAAUUUUGGAACUUCAUGGUAGUUGAAUUUUGGCUCGAAUUUUAAUCGGUUAGGCGGGCUACCUCACCUUGAAACGUUUAGAUGGGAAAAAUUAUUCCCGGCUUCGAGGGUUGCCCUUGUACAAUAGACGUAUACUGUAAGGACUUGUGGACUUCAUUGAUGUACAUCAAAAACAAUAAGGGUCCUUAAAUGGACCCCUGGGGCACACCCACAGUCACGCGUCGUCUGAAAGAGAUCGACCACUGAAGUCUUUUGGCAACGAGAAGCCAGAUAAGAUUGAAACCAGCUUAAUGCUAUUCCGGAAACACCAGCAGCCUUGAGUUUUGAAAGAAUUAUCUUGUGGUCCACAGUGGCAAAUACCUUCUUCAAGUCCAAAUAAACGACUCCUGUGAAAAUGCCGUGGUCCAUGCUGUUAAGUAAAUCAUCGCGGUAAACUGACAAAGAGCAGUGGCAGUGGAGCGACGUUGUCGAAAACAAAAUUGCCUAUCAAAUAACGUUUUUACCGCUGUUUGCUGCUUCUCAUUCGUACUUUUGGUUUAGAUGCUAAAUUUCUGUCAAACAAAAAACUGUACUAAAAGCAGAAAGAACGAAUGCGUGUCGUGAGCAGAUGCACAACACCCAAGCAUUAGCUGCAUGUAUUCAAUUAUCCUCGUAAUCUCUGCUACAACUAUUACACGGUCCGCACGGUAGUCUACCAAACAACAAAUCGCUUGUGAAAUGAAGGUAUCACAUACAGUGGGAAGAAGAAAUAGGCUAACUUUUAAAGGGUGCGUUUCUUUACUAAAAUCCUAGAUCAGAUCAAAAAUCCGGAUCAUUAGGAUUUUUCGUUGAGAAAAAAAAGCGAUGUAUCCAAAAAAAAGGAUUAUUUUUCAUUCAUUUCCAUAUCGACGGAUCACGAAGAAAGAAUAACACGGCCGCUGACAAUGUUGCAAGUUUGCUGAGCUUUUAUUGUAUUCGAUUCUGACCAUUAGCUCAAGGAUAUUGCAUGCUUUAGAGGGGCCAAAUAAAGACAAGUCUUGCAAUAAGAUAUGUAUUGGAAAAGUGAAGUCUCACAAGACACGCGGGCGAAGUGCUAGUUGUGUUGCAGUUUUUUCCUUGUGACUAUGAACUACAACAUUGCAGGUCCUGUUUGUAUUGCGAUUUUCCAUCUCCGAUAAAAAAGGCAGACAAAAUCGAUCGUUUAAUCCACGUCUCGGGUUCAAAAAUGGCCGUAAAGAUGAGCAGUGUAGUCAAAUAGCCGAUGUAUGUAUUAAACGUUUUUUGUGUUACUGCAGGCAGUAUUCACUCUUUUCGGAUCUGUAGUAAAGAAACCCUUUGGAACAUAAUAAUAAUAAUAAUAAUAAUAAUCAGCUAUACAUAUAUUUAACAAAUAGAUUCCAUGUUGCCGUGCGUCUGUUCAGUAAUAGAUCACAGAUGACGUCAAAAUGUCGUAAAAACAAAGAAGUGGCACACGAGCCGCAGGCGAGUGUGUCACUGUUUUUUUUACCACAUUUUGACGUCCUCUGUGAUCUAUUACUGAACAGACCCACGGCAACAUGGAAUCUAUUUGUGUUAUACAAUGAUCAGAAAAGAAAAAGUCCGAUACACAUACCUGCCUCGAACCGCUUGACCUUUUGAGGAUUUGUGCUAGUUUAGGCAUUUUUUAAGUCCCAAACCCAACUUUUCAUCUUAGCUUCUUCUUUAUCUUACUUGUGUACAGUUUCUUCGAAAAGUUUUUCACCGUCUUUUCUUGCGCAAAGAAGAAUAAUAGCGAAAACAUUUUGCAAAACAGCGAGUCUCUCGUAGCGAAGACACACGAUGGCAACUGUUGUGAAGAUUUCUUGUAGUUUAGGCAUUGUCAAGUAGUCAAUAGCUUCUUUGGUCUCCGUUUCUCCAUUUUUCUUCUUUGUAAAUAGCUCCUGCUAAACUUUUUCCGAAGCUUUCACUUGCCUCAAUCCGAAAUAAUCUCACAAACAUUUUCAAAACCGCGUGCCAAGUUGAACAAAACAAAGAAAACAAGUUUCCCGUGACGUCAUCCAUGUAUCUGUACUCUAAUAGAUCAUGGGCAACGACCAAUCACAGCGCGCGUAGCAUUCACAUCAUUGUAUAAACGAAAACAGCGGAUAGUGUUUUUUGCGCCCUCUGAUGGGCUUCUCAAUCACUGAAUAUCCUGCGCUAUCCAUUGAUUCACCUCCAGUUCCUCCGAGCGAGCGACGCCAAACUCGCGUAAGUUGCGAGCAAAAUGCUUUCCCGGUCUGCUGCCGCAACAAACAAAGAAAUUUCACAACUAGUCAAGCAAGCUGUUCCCGAAAUACACGAGGAAGGCGAAGAAGUUCGGUUUGGAAGUUUUGACAGGUAAACCUUUGUCUUUUUGACUCGAAUUUAUCGAAAAAACCUGUGAAAGAGUUUUUUGUUUACAAAUGCAAAUUAAGCUCAAGUCUUGCGUUACUUUAUUUAGUUGACUUGUUCAUAAAUAAGCUUAAAACUAAAUUUAAUAACCUCUUUUCACAGAAUGAUUUUAAAUACAAAAAGAAUUCACAGCUCCUUUUGAAGAAAUUUCCCCGCAAGAGCUGAACAAAUGCCUUCAAAAGUUUUAUUUGUCGGCAAGAAAAAGCGACGGCCGCGGCCUUUCGGUCAUUACGCGCCAAAAUUGUAAUCGUUGGCAACAGUAUUUGAGUUAAAAAUCAUCAUUUUUGUGCUCAAUUAUCUCAAUGUUUUAGUAUAUACUAAAACAAUUUUUCACCUCAGUGUCGGUGGCUAGUGGUGGUUAUUUACCUCGUGCUUCGCAGCUUGGUAAAUAUUUACGACUAGCCACCUCCACUUUGGUGAGUAAUUGUUAUUUAUUUAACGAGGGUAACAAGGGACAUUACUUCAACUGAAUAACUAGUGGCCCUCAAACGUAAGACUAUAGCAACAAAAAUUAAGUAACAAAAAUACAUAUCGUUAAAAGAAAAAAAACUAUAGGUAUAUAUAUGAAUAAGACUAAAAAGAGUAAAAACUAUUUUACAAUUAUAAAAUAUCCUUACAAUGAAUGUCUACAAACUAUAAUUACAAUAAGAACAUAACUAGCAUGGGUCUAGCGAGAGGAAGGUCGUGAAAUGCCGAAUUAGCGUAAAACUAAGAAAUAAAAUUAAGUUUCACUUAAACUUGUAUACUAAAAUGAUCAAAGUCAUUGUAUUUCGAUAAAAAAUGACUAUAAGUAGCCUUUCUAAAGGAGGUUACAUAUGUUCUUUUCUUAAGGUUAAUGGGCAGAGAGUUCCAGAGCCUGGUCACGGACACGCUGAAAGUUCUUUCUCCCUCAGAUUCACGAUUAUAUCGGGGGCAGACGACGUUUAAGGCACUGUAGCGCCCACUGCGUGUGUGUAAAUCUGCAUUUCAUUUAAGAAGGUCAAACAUGUAGCCGGGGCAGUUUCCUUGGACUAACGAACACUUAUUAACAUUAGCUUCGACAUAAAAUGGGAGCCACUCCAAUUUGUUAAAGAGAUUUAUUCUGUUUGAUCUUGUGUCAGCUCCUAAAAUUACUCGGGCAGCACGUUUUUGCAGCUCGAGGAUUCUCGUUAAGUUAGGGACUGUGCAAUAAUUACCUGGAGGGGGGAGGUUUGGAAAAUUACAGGGGGGCAUAGGCGAAAAUGACAACAAGAGAGGGGGGGGUUGGAUAUAAAAUUUAAUACAUACAGGGGGGCAUUACUUUUUCAUUCCUUUUUGCAAACUGGAAAAGUAGUGGAAGAGUUAUUAGAGUUCUAAUAUAAAUACUAACAUUGGAAUAAAACUGACAAAUUCAUCAACUCUAAGGUGUUCUGAUCUAUGAACUGUUGUUUUCCUAUCUGUCAUGCAGUACGAAAGGAAUGCCUCUAUUAUAUAUGUCAAAACAGUGCUACUUUUUUUGCCUAGGAUUUAAUAAAACAGGAAACUUUAGUUAAAAGUUGCAAAAGUAGCACUAUAAUGUUAUUCAAUGAAAAAGGAAGAUGCCAAUGUUAGCACAAAUGGCAUCAUAAUUUAGCAAAAUGAAAAACCCAACUGUUGAAAUUUUAAUAGCGAUACAAAUUUAAACUAUGGUAAAUGAAACACGGUAUGAUUAAAUUGAGCUUCAAAAAAAGGGUCAAUCAGACAGGAAUUCCUGAGUUCUCACCCACGCACGCGCGGGAACCUUGGUGCCAGAGAUGCUGUAGAAGAUGAGGAAUCUCCCAAUUCAUGCGAAGACGACACAAGCUCAGAGUCCAGUGAUUCUGAUGACUCUUCAAAUGACUUUUCGACAUACGGCGAAGAGUCAUUUGAAGUGAUUUUUGUACCAGAGGAAGAAAUCCAACAAGUAAACUAGGUUUGAGGGAAUCGAUGGGAGGAGACUUUUUUUAGGGGCGGUUAGCCAUAAUAUUAUCCUUUUGUGAGGGGAGGUUGAAAUUAAUUUGUGCUUAAUGAGAGGGGGGUAUGACUUAGUUUUGGGGCAUAUUUCACCCAUUUCCCAACCCCCCUCCAGGUAAUUAUUGCACAGUCCCUUAUCAGCUGAGCAGUUUGACCAAAUAGUUGACCCAUACAGCAUUACUUGUUUGAUCAUCGCAUUGUAGUAAAGUAUGCGCUGUUCAAUAGGGAUGAAUCUCCUUAUCUUUCUAAGAACCCGCGAUUCUUUGGGAUAACGUCUCACGCAGUUCCUCAACGUGUACAUCAAAACUUAAGUGUUUGUCAAUAGUAACGCCAGAGUUAAAACUCUGACAUAGAACAGGUUGAUGGUCAGAAACUCUUAGGGGGUUACUAUUGCCAAACACCUAAAAAACGCAAACUUGUUAAAACAAGUUUGAGUUUCAGUGAACAAUCGUCAAGCUUGCAUGGUAUACGUUUCCCUGUAACAAGGAGACAUGUCGUCUUUGCAGCGUUUGUAACCAUUUUGUUGGCAGCCGACCACCGUGAGUAUCCGGUUUUGGAUAUGAUCCAAGGAAUCCAUCUCCGUUGUGGAUCAUUUGGAUCUGAUAAUCUGUUUUCGGAUUUUAGCAAAGAAACGAAAUAUCCGUUUUCGGAUUAAAAACCCGGAUUUGGAUUUUAGUAAAGAAACACACCCACCCUUUGCUAAGCUUUCUCAGUUCAACUUGAGCUACAGCUUUGUGGCCUCGCAAGCUUUCAAGGACUGGGACUAAUGCUGUUUGGCGUAUUUUGCGUUUUCCAAUACGGCGGAUGGAAAGGAGUCAUAAGACCUUCAUGCCUUUUAUGUCCAUUGUUUCUUCCCCUUGGGGGACUCCCAUCUGAAAGGGGCGGGGAUGCUCGUCGGAAAUUUUGAAUUAAACCACUAAAGGAGACCAAUCUGGGGGUGUCCCAACCUCUUUUGACCCCUAAAAGAGACCAUUUUCAACUUUGAUUUCAUCACUGAUUAGCAUAAGCGCAGCAACGCGUUUCUGGGCUCCACUUUAUUUGCUAUUUUUGGCGAGCAUUUUCAAGCAGAAAUGGAUCCCAAGCAACGAAAAACAUUUCAUUAAAGGAAAAGUUUCGAUUUGUUAUGCUCCUUUUGCAUCGAAUGAGAAAUUAGCUGUUAGAAAUGAAGUCCUUUACCGAAUCAUUCGACCGGUGGAGAUGAACAGCAGCUUCUACACUCGCCCGAACAACCAUAUUUCUCCGUAUAUGCUACUGCUGCUUGGAGAAGACAUUGAGUUAAACCCCGGCGACAAAUGCUCUAUAUGCGAUAAUUGCAGGAGAUUUUAAUGCCCCGACAUAAAUUGGAAAGAAAAUUCUUCGCAUUCUGCUGCAUCCGAAAGACUUCUGGAUAUGACAGACAACUAUGAUCUUCGUCAACACGUAUACGAGCCAACAAGAUAAAACGGAACGAGUAACAAUAUUUUAGACCACGUAUUCUCUUAUAAUCCAAGUAUCGUUGAGUGUGCAAAGAUUUUACCUGGUAUCAGGGAUCAUGAUAUUGUUCUUUUCAGCGUGAACAUUGCAUGUCGUAGGAAGAAAAAUGUAAAGGAAGAGAGCUAACUCUGUUAGUAUCAAAGAAAAGUUGAAGAGCCUUUCAGCUCACAUGAAAAAAUUAAUGGAUCAGUAAUCAUCGAUGGAGGCUCGAAGACUGAAAUUUUAAACGAGCAUUUUUGCGGUGUCUUUACAAAGAAAGAUCUUACAAGUAUCCCAAACGUUUGAAAUGACCCUAAGCCAAAAAUCAGCCCUAUCAACAUCUCUAUCAACGGAGUCAUGACGCAGCUCACUUCUUUAAAGCGGUUUAAAGCCUGUGGCCCUGACGCCAUCCCUCCCUGGUUUCUUAAAGAAUAUGCGACUGAAAUUGCACCUAUCUUAACAAAUAUCUAUCAAGAUUCAAUCAAUACUGGAACCUUGCCUGGUUGAUGGAAAAACGCAAAUGUGUGCGGCGUUUUUAAGAAAGAGAAAUAAUCCGACCCUAGAAAUUAUCGUCCGAUAUCGCUGACCUGUAUUACAUGUAAGAUCCUUGAACGUAUAAAAUACAUAGUCAUGUUACGAAACACUUCGAGCGAUACGACAUCCUUAAACAUCAUCAACAUGGCUUCAGAGCUAAGAGAUCAAAUGAAGUCGAACUAAUCCACACCGUCCAUGAUAUAGCAAAUGCAAUACAACAAAAUUCCUCUGUGCACACCGCAGUUUUGGAUUUCUCGACAUCCUUCGAUAAAGUGCCACAUAAGCGUUUUUUAAAGAAACUAGAAUAUUACGGAAUUCAUGGAACCCUGCUCACUUGGUUUGAAUCUUUUAUAACCGGACGUCAUCAAACAGUUAUUUGCGAAGGAGGGGCAUAUAAGGUUUCCCCCGUUGCCUCUUGGGUCCCACAGGGAACAUUCUUGGACCCUCUACUUUUCUUGACGUAUGUAAAUGGUUUGCCGAAUGGACUGCAUUUUGAAGUGAAAUUCUCUGCUGAUGACGCACUUUUGUAUGGUAUUCUCGCAAAUGGAGUUCAACCCCUCGAAAGGUAAAAUUCUAUGCAUCUCAACGGAACAAAAUCACCAAAGAGCAAGUACACAUUUUGUGGAACUGAACUUGAUCAAGUUGAAUCUAUCUCGUAUCUAGGGGUUACCGUAAAUAGCAAGUUGAAGUGGUCCCAGCAUUUUGCUUCAAUCUCAACAAAUGCGAGUAAAACCCUAGGGUUGAUCAGACGUAAUCUCUGGAAUUGCCCCAACAAUGUGAAAGAAUCUGCAUAUUGCUCCAUUGUUCGACCUAAACUAAAGUAUGCGAGCGCCUCUUGGGACCCGCACUACAAGAAAGACGUGUACAAACUAGAAAGAGCUCAAAGAAAGGCGUUUUUGCCUCCUGAAUUUCAAGCUAACUGCUAGCGUUACAGAUAUGCUUAAAGAACUGGAAAAGGAUUCUUUAGAAAUGCGAAGAAAGAAAAAACAGAUUAACACUAAUGUGCAAACUAAGCCAUAGUCUUGUAGAUAUUAAAACAGACAAACUUCUUGUGCCGAAUAGUGAGACCAGAACACGUAGGAGUCAUGUGUUUAAGUAUAGAAUACCCAAAAUUAGCAAGGACGUUUUCAAGUUCUCUUUCUUUCCUAGAUCCAUAUAUGAAAGGAGUUCUUUACCUUUCGGAGAUUGUAACUUCUAAGUCACUGAACUGUUUUAAAACAAAUUUAGUAAAUUAUCUUAAAUAUGAAUGAGACACAGCUAGGGUGUUGUAUUCAUAAAUUCUAUUUAUUUUGAUAUAUCUUUUAAUAUUUGCAUAUACGUAUAUAGGUUUAGGUUUUUUUAUUUCUUACAAAAUGUUGGUGCGAUGUUUAAUCAAUUUUACCGACUAAAUAAAAUGUGGCUGUAGAUGAAGAUGUAAAUAAAACGAGUUGAAAAUAAAUAAAUUUUUAGUUAUAUUUCUUCGCGCGCAACCCUAAAAGAAACCUUUACGGCUAAAUAUAACUAUGGCGUUUUGCCCAGAACACCCUAAGUGAGACCAAAAUCCAAAAUUUACACCCCUAAGUGAGACGACGGGCAACCCCGCCCCUUUCGUAUGAGAGUCCCCUUGGGGGAUUUCUUCACUGAUUUGUUGGUGGUUUUCAAUUAGGAAGAUUGGCAGUACGGCUCAAGGAGAGAAUAGGGAAUUGCGUCUGUACGAUGUUGCCUUGAGCGGGAGAAGUGAUGUCGGUCAAACCUCUAUUUUUCGUCGUUUUCGGGGCGAUGACUUUCUUAGCGACACAACGACGUUCUCACAUUGGCCUGACGACACUAUCAAAGUUAAGGAUCGACGCGUAACCGUCGAGGUAAGAAAUUAGAGAAUAAUGCCGCAUAACUCAUC